AUGUGCAAGACUACGGAAGCAACCAAAUUGAAACUGAGGGAAAUGACAGUUACUCAAGAAGUGGACAUAGUCAAGAGGAUAAGUAAAAAAGUAAGAAAUUAUAAAAAGGAAUUUGAUAAAAAAAAAAAAAAAUGUUUGAAGUAAAAUGUAUGAUGAUGAUAAAAUACCCAAUUAUAAAAGAUAGAAAAUAAAUGAUAAGAAUAAUGUAAAGGGAGCUUAUGUGUGUAAAAAAUGCGGAAAGAAGCAUAAACCAAAAGAAUGUGUGACCUCUGAUAAAAUAUGUAAUACAAUGUGAAUAUGUAUAAUAUAUAUGUAUAUACAGGAACACGUUUAAAUAAUAUAGGCACGAUGAUUAAUGGUUAUUAAUCAUUGUAAACGAACAAUUGUUUUGAGCGGAAUUCAGUUUUUCAUUUCCAAAUUAAAAUUAUCAAUAAAAAAUUCGACUCUUUCUUAAUUAAUUUUUCUUUUAAAGUACUCGUAUAACUUCUAUUAUAUGACGCAUCUUACUUCAUAGUAAGUUUACUGUACGUUAUUGUUAUCGCAUUUAUUUAGAUCGAAAUGCGUCUGUAAACAUCAACCACUAGUGAACCUCUCAAUGUAUUUUUACAAGAAGCUGAUCGUUUACUAAAGAAAACAUGUAGACAACUUAAGGAUUUUAACAAUGAUCAUUGAUAAACUUCUAUACGAUUACCGAUUAUCACGAGCAUUACAAUUAAAUUAGGUUAGGGUUUUAAGCUUACGUACAAUAAAAGCGUCCGUGAAAUUGGUCAAUCUGUGCUAAGAUGUUUAGGGUUUUUUUUUAUUAUAGAGUUACAUACUAUUUAUAUAUAGGAGCAGUGGCGUAUUUGGAGUUUUUAAUAAUUGUAAUACACACUAAAUAUCACGAGAGAUUUUUCGGUCUCAAAAAAAAGCUGCACUUAUAAUUUUUUUCACACAAUUUUAAGUUAUCCUUAUAAACUAUAAAGUAUAUUAUAAAAAAAAAAUAUAUAUAUAUACAUACACUGUGUUCCACGUGUUCCUAUUGCAAUUUCAAUGGAAAUUGCAUGUACACCUGUAAGCAACGAUAAACAAAACGAAUAAACGAUUCUGAGCGGAGUUUUGUUGAUAGUGUUACUUUGUAAAAUAAUUACAUAUGCAAUAAACUUUUUCUUUAAUAAUAGUUGUUUAAUAUUGUACUUAUUUUCUCGUUUUUCCUAUGUUUUCUCCAGUUUUUCCAAUUUAUAACUCCCCAGCAGAUUUCCUUUUCAAAAAACUGCUAUCAUUGUAAAUCGGAGCAAAAUUGCUGAUGGAAAAGUUGUUUGUAAAAAAAAAUUAAACAUUAUUGUAAAACCAUAAGCUUCUUCGUUCCACUCAGUAUCUAAAAUAUAUAUAACCUUUUUUAAGCAAUUUCGAUCUUCACCCCCUCCCUGCAAACUUAUCUAUGACAUUAACAUCGAUAUCCCUAUGAAUUAUAGCCAAAUUUUGUUCUAUAUCACUACUUUUUUCAGGUAACGCUGAUAAAAAUACCCAAGAAAUUAUAAACACAACGGGUAUAGAUACUCUUUUGUUCUAUUACUAAUAAGCUACAGCCGUGAUUAAUAAAAUCAAAGCUAAAAUAUUUCCAAUCCGUCCAGGAAAGCUCAAUCUGCUAGUGUGUAAAGAUCAUGUGUUCUAAACGUAUAUUGUAAACAAUAAACAAUAAUUACAUAUACAAUUUUGAAAACAUUGUGUAAAUUAGUGUAUUAUGUUUCCGCGUAGACACCUAAAUAAAAUACAAAUCGCCAUUUCGAAAUAGUUGACAGGAUAUUUUUGAAAUUUAUUAUGCACACUACUUAUACUUUAGCACGAAUUACCUAUUUUUUUUUUUUUUUUUAACAUAAGUUACUAUACAUUUAUGUUUGGUACACUCAUAUUUAAAUUAAUAAUGAUAACAUGUUUAAUAAUAAUAAUGUGACGAAUUUAUGUUUAAAUUAAAUGUAGGAUUAACAUAAUAUAUUUCCUUGUAAACCAAAUCAGUAACCGUAAUUAUACACUAGUAACUAUAGAUGGAAAGAUACAAUUACGCGGAUAUAAGUUUUCUAAACAUAAGUUUAGAAGCCUAAAAAACUUAAUAUACGAAAUCGGAUUAAAUUUUAAAUUAUUUUCGAUUUACACGAGUUGUUUAUUUUUCAUAAAUUGCACACAUAAAUUUUAAUUGAAAAAAAUAAAAACGUACACUGAAAUGGUGGCGGGAUAAAAUAUUAGAAACCCUUCCAUAAAUCCAAUCCUGUACACCAGCGCCGUUGUAUUUUAAUAUGUUAACUAUGUUUACAAGCAUCUACAAAACUUUAUUCUUGACGUGAAAAUAAUGUGGACUAGUACUCGAAACUUUCGAACUAAAACCAUCAUCACGCUUGUUUUGCAUUGUAUAUUUUUGUGUCCCUUUCCAUUCAGGUGAAAUAUUAAAACCGUGCUGCGGCGAGAAAGCAUAUCGGGACGUUCUUUGUUUCUCGAAUCAAAGUUUGCAUGCGUGUACGCACAAACACACACAUACAUACGUGCACAUCACGAAAUACACACAUACAACACACCGCAGUGUAAUAUAUCUACUCGAGUAAUAAUAUUCGGACAUGUACUGCAGUAGAAUAAUAAUAAAGUAUUUUUGCUGAACGAUUUUUCAGAUUUAUCUACGGCAUACUCGCGUACACGACCUGAGUUUUAGAAUUUUCUAUUUUCGGAUUCACCAUUCAUUUGUGUAUAUUUUAUAUUCUGAGUGGAGCGAGGAAUAUAUUGGUUUUACAAUGUUUAUUUUUUUUUCUGUAGACGUUUUUUUCCACCGGCAAUAUUGCUCCGAUUUACAUUGAUAGCACUUUUGCUAAAAGGAAAUCUGACUGGGGAGGUACUUUAGGGGGGUCGUUUUUUGAUUUUCACAGAAGUUUUCCCGAUAAACGAGAAAAACGAAGAAAAACGUAGGAAAAACAAGAAAAUAGAUAAAAUAUUAAAAAAAUAUUAUUAAAGUAAAUGUUUAAUGCAUAUGUAAUUAUUUUACCAUAAUAUGAUAUAUAUAUAUUGUUGACAAAGCAAUAUUAUCAACCGAUCUCCGCUCAGAAUCGUUUUUUCGUAAGUAAUGGUUUAUCGUUGCUUACAGAUAAACAUUUAAUUUCCUUUUGUAUCCUACCUUCCCGAUUUCCCGCCUACAAAAGUGGCUGCACCCGUCCCCGUUAUCCAAGGCCGGAAUUUUUAUUUUUACUUAAUACAGCAUUUCGGCUUAGAAGGGCAGUCUACCGAUAUGCACUUGUGUUUGCGUUCACGGUUGGCGGGUGAAAUUAUAUAUUUUCUUCAAUUUUUCGUUGACAUGAUGUAUUUUUUUUUUUUUUUAUGUCCGCGUAUUUUUUUCCGAUCCGACGUCGCCGUUUGAUCGGUUGAAGGAUAUAACUGCAGGAGCGAGAGCGAGAGCGAUAAUUUUGCGUCUACGUUACUGUAUGCACAUAUUGUAUAAUGUAUACAAUAUUAUUAUUAUUAUUAUCGAAGCGGAAACGCGGAGCGCGGACUGAGAGAGAACCGCGACGGCGUUGGCAUGCGGGUGGCAUAGCGGUGCGCGCGAAUGAUGUUUGCGUGUGUAUCGCCGUGGCACGCAAUUCCGUAUUUGCCCGGUAGCGAUCGUGCGUCGCGCGGCAACGGCCAUAGCGCGACUCACAUCGCGGUGGAUCCGCUACGCACACGCACACGCACACGCACACGCAAACACACACACACACACACAAACACCCGGCCGCCCGCCCUCCAGCCGUACGGCAUCCCUCCGCCGCGGUCUUGGCGGGAUUGCCGUAACGCCCCCCUCGACGGCGGACGGCUGUGGCGCGGCGGCGUCGUCGUCGUCGUCGUCGUCGUCGGCGUGUGUAUAGGCAGCUAUAAUAUUGUAUAGGUGUGACCCGGUUUCGCGCGCGGUGUCGCCGCUGUACGGACGGCGACGCGACGGGACCCGAGGCGGCGGGCAGCGUCUAUUGCGCCUGUGUGUCCUAGUUGGCGCGCGGCAACGGCAACGGCCAGAAUACGGGACGGCCGCACACGACGCGAGUCCGACGCCCGAACGCCAUGCCCGCCGCCGCCGCAUCAGCAGCCACCACCGUCGUCGUCGUCGUCGCCGCCGCCGCCGCCGCCGCCGCCGGUAAACGGUCGCCGCAGCGUCUCGUCGUCGUAGGCGUCAGGCGAUAAAUAACGUUAUUACCGAAAACGCCUUUGCGGGUGGUUACUGGCUGCGCGUGACGGCCGGCGGCCGCGGAACGAUCUCCGCCGUACACUGCACGAUCGCCCGUCGGGGUAAACGGCUCAACGUACGUAUGAUUUAAUAUGACAAUUAUUGCGAUGUUAAUAUUUUUUCCGAUGAUAUUUUAUCAUAAUAUUUUGUUACGUUAUCUAGCUGUUUAGACACUAGACACCGUUGUCGGAUGGGGUGGGGGCGGUGGGGGGGAUGAGGUGCGGGGGCUCGGGGGUGGUUAUGCGAGCGCGUUCCGUUUUGUUCUCCGGGGCCGUUAUCCGCGUACCGUUAUCCGAGUACCGUGGUCGCUGUAGUCGCCGCGACAACGGUAUCGUUUGCGUCGUCCGCGUACGAAAUGUGGCCGCAGAUUUAAAUGUCUUAUUUGUCGACGUUUCGAGCGGUUUCCCCCCAGUUGCACAUUUUUUUAUUUGUUGACGUAAGUCACAUUUUUUUUUUUUUUUUUUGUUCGAAUUUUCCGGAGGUAUAAGAAUCGGUCGUCAACCGACGACGGUUAUAAUAUUUACCGGUUUUCACGAACACGAUUACACGCGGGAAUAGAGAUGAUAACCGUUCGUAAACAACGUUUGAGAUGAGGAUUUGGGGGGACAUUAGCGUCCCCGAUUUUUUAAAUAGACAUCCACCAAUAUUGUUCAUGUUUACAAUUCACUGCUCAUAAACACUACAGUAGUUAUAAAAACGUAUUAAAAUAGGAGUACUGUUAAUAAAACAAUAUUUCGAUAGACAUUAAACAUUUCGAUGAGUCAAAUGUGCCUCUGAAGUUAACUCGUAGUCGGUAUAACAUUAAUUGUAUACAGUUAAUAUUUGUUAAACUGAUUAACAACAACGGUAUAAACAAGGCCGUUUAAAAUUGGCAUUUCUUUUAAAGACGUGACAUUACGUUUGUGAUUAUAAUAUUGAAAACCGAGGAGGAUAUUCUUUUUUCAAAAUCGGAUCAUUCUGAUAACGAGACAUGAGAAUACUAACUAAUCUUAAAUACGAUGUUAUGAUAAAUUAUUGUGUUUGACCGCACCGCCGUUUUAUAUUUCAUUGGCGGUGGUCGAUCUGCAAAAAAAAAAAAAUAUCGGAGAGGGAAAAUAUAAGCGUGCGAUUUGAACUAAUCAGUCUCGGACCUGUCGCUGAAAAUUCGCGGGUGCAACUUGCACCUGUCGCGAGAAAACCGCAGGCGCGAUUCCACCAAAACAUAAUUUCCCGAUGUGGCGCCGGUCGUAUUGCAGGUAAAUUUCAAAAUUGGUGUAAUUAUUUGUGCAUCAUCAGAUCAAUUUUUUUCGGGGGGAGGGGAGAGGGGUUGCUGAUAUUUUCGGCGUCUCAAACGGCCACUAAUCGACUGUUUAUGUCGGCUACACCCGUUUAAAGACGUAUAGUCAAUUCAGAAAUAUAAACUAGAUGUAUGAUAUUAUACGCGGACAUUUUUAAAAUGCGUUUGUAAUUCGUACCAUUGCGCAGGUAUAGUAAAAAAUUAUGAACUGUAAUUCGCAUCGUAAUUUAAAUAGAUUAGUCUUUCGAUAUAGUACGCACAACAGUUUCGAUAGUAUAUUGUGAGACGUUUUCAACAUUAUUUAAGUAUGGCUAACACAAACAAUAAUACUCGGUAAUCCAAGUAUUAAAAAUGUAAAACGAAGUAAAGCAUAACACAAUCAUUAUACAUUAAUGGUCAAUUUAGUAUUAAACGCUCGCGUGUAAAUACGGUGAGUCGGUUAAACGUUAGGUCAUUUAAAGCGAACAAAUUGUACAAUUGUUCGUUAAACGAAUUAAAUUUAAAAAAAUAAAUAUUAUAUACACCUGUAUGAAAUUAAAAACCAUUCGAGUUGAUGUUCCGUUGUUGUCGGAUUGAAUUGCCGGUUUUAUGUUUCUCGGCCGGAUGACGAUGCAAUAAACUGGAAAUAAUACACAAUACAUUGUAUACUGACGAAACAUUCGAUGCAUUAUUGAUACCUACAGUGAUUUCGUCGCAAAUCAUUAUUAUCGAUUACCUGCGGCGGUGCAGAUUAGAUACUAUCUUUAUUUCGGCGCAAGUGACAGAAUCCGCUUUAAAUCCCCGCGUAAAUGUACACAAGGGUUGUAUUUUAUUUUUUACACAUUUUUAAUGGGUUUUUUUAUUCGUUUCGACGACAAUGCGAUCAAUAGGAGAGAUUACAUUUUAAAGACGUUUAAAUAGGUACGUCAAGCGAUUUCAAGCGAUACUACUUCGAUCGUUACCAACCAAAUCGCAAAUUAUCCCGAAAAUACUUCAGUACAGAUGCUUACAAAACUUACACUAAUGUAUUGAAAUGGCUAUAUAGUGUAAUACGAGUUGGUCGAGUAACAUUGUUUAAACCGUUUAAAGAGGAUUCUUAGUUUCUUAAUAUACAAUUCACAUACGUAGCAUGUCAAUUAUAUUCGAUGCAGUGCGAAGUGAUUAUAAGUAUUCUGAAAACCGAUUUUAAUUCGGCGCUAAGUGUACACGAGAUCGUUUAAAACAUUUUUCAGUUUUUAAAUUUGAAGCAAAAAUGUAUACAAAUUACGCCGAAUUGAAAUGGAUUUUUUACAAUAUUGUUGUUGUCGCUUCACUAUAACACCGCGACCGGACUGAUUAAAAGAAAAUGCUACCGGGUCUAAUAAAUCGCUAUGCUGUGUAUCCGUAAAAAUAUCCGUAUCCAAUUCUCUAAAUACAUUUUAUGAAAAACAACCUAUUCUGUUAGGGAAUUUUUAGUGGAAGGGGCGGUAGUGAAUAAACCGUAGAAACUUAGCGCUCCCUGAACCAUCUCGAGUUAUAUUAUAUUUGAAAUAAUUUAGUCUUAAAUAUGUAUUAGGUUUAAAUCCUAUUGGGCUCAAGUCCAAUGUAUUGUCAGUUUCUGUUUGCGCCUAUGGUUUUACGUUAUACCUAACCUGGCAAUGAGAAUUUAAAAGCCGAAUCCAUAAAAGCCAGUUUGUAUUCAACAUAAAUGUCGAGCUCGUUUCCUUCUAACUUGGCUGAAAUUUACAAUUUCAAGAUACAAUCACCAAAUAAACUCUCAGUUGUUGUAUUUUAAGCUGUCGGGGUUGGGGGGGGGGUUGGGAGGGGUUAUAACUCCUGAUUACUCCCUACGCACGCCACUACCUCCUAUAUUAUUCGUUUGUUAAAAAAAAAAAAAAAAAAACUAAAAAACAAAUCAAACGACCUAACUAUAUCUACGCAUUCAUAGCGAAAUAAUAGAAUUCGUCCGAUGGCAUGUAGAAGACAUUCUAUUACUUCUAUUUUUUCAUUUCCGUACCUUUAUAUUGUAUAUAUACUUCGAACAAUUCUCUGUACUAGUAUAUAUAUAUGUAUAUGAUAGAUUUUGUUAAGGGUGUCGAGGCGUUUUAUAGCGCCUAUCGGAUUUUAUUGCUAGGUAUUUAUCACGCUCUCUUAACCGUAUCAAACACAAAUUUACACAAUCUGUUAAAUGUACCGAAAACGGGUCCCCACACACCCUCUUGAUACUCGUAUAUUAUUCUACUAAAGUUUCGUUGCAAAUUACCUACCGCAGCCAACGGGUAAUUAUUGUAUAAUUUUUUUUUUACUCUGCCAUAGAUUUGCUCAGUGGCGAUUGUAUCGCAGCGUGAGGGUUUCAAGAACUCUCCUAUUAUAUCCUUGUUUGAAACUUUUCACUAUAAUCGGUACUGAUAAUAUGUAAACUUUAAUGGUUAUAGUUGAAACGAAUUCUCAUUAUGAACAUUUCUGAGCAUGUCACCGUUCAAAUCUUACUCUAAUUGACUAUUCCAAUAAUUUGUUCAUAUUUAAAAAAUGUAAUAUAAUAUUCGCUGAUAAAACUAUAACAACACGUUUUGGUCAAUAGCUAUUAACAUAAAUUGGCGAAAAUCACACUCUUGUGAUUUUCACAGAGGAGAGGGGCGUUCCACCAAACGACCAUCCCCCCCGUUGUCAAGCGUUUUUAAUAAUAAUCAUAUUAUUUUUCAUAAUAUACUAUAACUCAUAUUAUGAUGUUAUAGUGAUUUUUUUAAAAGCCAAGGCAGCAGAAUAUUCAUACGAGUGUAGUAUAUAAUGUUCAAUAUAGUUAUGUGUUAUAAUGAUUUCAGUUAUAUUAUUUUGUUAUUUUUUCCGUUUGGAGUAAAUAUUUGAUUGCGUUUAUUUAUUUCGCCUCGUCCAAUCAAUUGAUUUUGUCGAAUUAUUUUAUUUAUAGGUUUUAAAAAUAAAAGAGUCGACUCACCUAAUACCUAUUCACAAUAUAUAACUUUCAACUGUAAAUAAUAAUAAGUUAUUAUUGUUUUUUAUUUUAAACAAUUUGAAAAGAACGAGUAAUACAUCGUAUCUAUAAUACAAUGUAGGUACGACGAUAAUAAUAUAAUAUAAACGUGAAAAAAAACUAUCUCAAUACAAUCAUACUUACUUACCGAUUUGAGUCAAUUCGUAUAUGAUGGGCUCCAUACUAUUUUGGGUAGCUAUCACUGGCCAUUGUAAAUUUAAGGAGGUGGGAUGGAAAGUAAAGAUUGCGAAAAGUCUUCCUUGAAUUAACUUAAAAUUAAAGAAACGUCCAAAAUGUCAUACUAUUUUUUAGAUUCUUAGUGCGGAGAUGAAUUUUUUUUUUGUUAUGAUAUAAAUUUUUUUUUCUGUCUAAACAAUUUCUCUACCAGAAAACUUGCUCCGAUUUUCAAGUACAGUAUAUUUUUAAAAGCAAGUGUGUGUAUUGGAGAGAUACAUUUUUGAUUUUCUUUUUAAGUUCCCUAUAAUUGAAUAAAACAGUUUCAUUAUUUUCGAAUUUUGUUUUUUUUUUUUUUUGUAAUUUGGUUUAACAUAUUAUUUGUAUACAGCAUGGACCUGCCAUUUCCACAUAAUAUUUAUAUUAGCCGCUUACAGGCGUGGAUUAAACAUUUCAAACUCGAUUUUCGAGCUAUUUAUAGACAUUUAACAUUUUUGAAUUUUCGUAAUUUUAUUUGGUUUUAUGUGGAUAGAAUUGGUUUUAGACGAGCAAAAAUACUUACAAAUUGUACACGAGGUUCAUUAUAAGUUGUACUAAAGUUAAGGUAAUUUAGUAGUGGUUUUUUUUAUAAGUGAUCCAUAUUCAAAUUUUGACAUAAGUAGUACGUAUCAAUAGAUUUCAAAAUAUGUUUAUCGAACUUACUUCGCUCAGAAUCGUUUUUGUAAGCAAUGAUUUAUCGUUGAGCAUUAAUACAAAUCGAAUAAUUCUAUGUAGUUUUGGUUUUUUUUUUUAGAUAUAAAAAUAAAAUAAAUAAUUCAAUAACAUAUAUUUUUUUCUAAAUUGCAUACGAAUUAAUGAAUAAUAUUACAUUAUUUAAUAACUUGUAGUAAUUAAUAGUUUAAAUAUUGAAUAUAUUUUUAUGAUGUCAAUGUUCAUAUUUGCUCGUUUUCAUAAACGUACUUACUUUUAUUUACUUGGUUAACUUGAGUAAAAAUUAAAAAUAAAAUUGUAAAAUGCCACGGCAUAAUGGGAACGGUAGGGGGUUGGGAGGAGAAGACUCAUCUAUCGCCCAUCCCAUAAAACCGCCACUGGGUUGUUUUAUUUUUUAUGUUACACAAAAUGCACACUGGACAUUUUUAUUUGUAUGCCAUACCCCCUCGAAUUUUCAUAAUAGGUAUUAUGAUUUAUAACGUUCAAUCUAUACAAUGCAAUAUAGUUUUAUACCUCAGAAUGAGUGUUUACUUCAACACUCGCAUAUUGUUAAUACCGACUGCGUUGCAUUUUAGGCUUUUUGUUCGGUCAGAACCGAAAGCGUACAUACAUUGUUACAUGAUUAAUAUUAAGUAGAUACAACGAAAGAAAAAAAAAUAAUAAUAAAUAUCAUCGCGUUACGGUAUUGGAUUAGUUACGAGCACAAUACUCGCAAUAAUUGAUGGUCGGUGUAAUAUAUGUUAUAAAUUCACGUCCGAGUAAAUCAUUCGAUUUUCUUCUAUAUACCUCUCCUAUACUUCUCUAAUAAUACGAAAAUACAAUAAAUCCCUGCCGGCGUUCUGGUGCAUUACCCACGUAUAUACACGCGCAGUCGAACGCACCGCUCUCGUCCACGUGUACCGUUUCAAAAGCAAUCGGUGUAUUAUUAUAAAUCGACGACUUUGGACGACCACGCGUAGUCGGAUCGAAUCCCCGACCCGAACCGUGGGUACGGUCAUAACUGGGGGGGGGGAUUGCCCUAUUGGAAAAUCGGGAAUUUUUCCAAUGGGCCGGACUUCGCGUGAGCUGUUAUAUUAUUAUGUGAUUUAUAAAAUAAAAAGAAAUGACAGAGAGAGGGUUAUUUCUUUGUUAAAUUUGUAACGUCUGCUUUUCGUUACGAAAACUAACGUUGUAUUUAAAGUAUCGUUACAACUGGGCCGAGUGUGUUUGAAAUGUCCAGUUUUAAUAAGUGGCACACCCAGAAUUUCCAUGACAAUUAAAUGGUUAGACUCUGUUGAUAGUUAUACAAAACAUCCUAACUAAUGUGGUACGAUUCACAUUCAUCUUUCCUGAGCCAAGAAAAUCAGGUGAUUCACUCCAUGUUGACGAAGAUAUUAACCCAGUUGUGAAUCCAGAAAUUAUUCUAGGGGUGAAAGUUAAUAAAAAUGUACCCAAUACCAAAUAUUGUCGUAUUCCAUAGGGUAGCAUUUAUUUACUAUAAUAAUACUUCAAAUUAUUAUAUUUAUUUUUAAUUUUUAGUGUAGCGAAAAUUAUAUUAUCUAAUUAUUAUAUAAUUUUAUUUAGAUGUGUUUUUCUUUUUUUUUGACGAGUAUAAGAUACUAAAUUUCUUUUUACGCCUUAAAAGAUGCGGAUUUUUCACCCGAUGAUAAGCACCUUAUUUGAACAUGUUUUGUAUAAAUUUACGACAGUUUCGUUAAAAAAUUAUAAAAAAAAAUAUCAUCAAAUUACGAUACAAUGGUUUUAUUUUUGAUGAUUUCUAGUUGCAUUAACAGUUUACAAUAUGCUCCGCUGAGAAUUGUUUUUUAUUUGCAAUGAUUUAUAGGUGCUUUUAGUAUAUUCAUUUAACGAAACCAUCGUAUAAAUAAAUUAUUAUUUUGUUUAAAAUUUAUACCUGAUUUAUUAAAAUUAUAUAUUAUGCCAUUAUAUUUUAUAAUUUUAGGAAGUAAAUGUACAAUUAGGUUACAAUAACUUAUUAUAUUAAUAUACAAUGUUAGAUUUUUCCUAAAUAUUUAUAUUUUAACGUUGUAUUUAUUAAAUUAACAGCAAAGAAUUAAAAAAAAAAAAAAUUAUUAUUAUUAUUAUUACUAGGGAUCUACAUGCAUAUAUCGGCUGUAUUUUUUCCCUAUAUACUCUAGUCGCAUACGUGUAGUGAGCGUAGCAUAAAUUGGCUUCGGUGUUAGAUAAUCGAAUUAUUUGCCUUCUAAUAAAUCACUCUGAAAUGCCUCUGACCGUCAGCAAUAAUUUUUUUUUCCACAGUGUCAUGCAAAUAUAUUGUAAAAUACUGCCCGGGUAAAACGAUCAAUCUACGCAUGUGUAUGGGUGCUUAAAUGGACAUUUUAAAAUUUUAAUAAAAGUUGCCUUUUGAAAAUCAACAUUUAGUAGGGCAUUCACCAUUUUAGCAUAAGGAUAAUGUAACAUUUUAUAAUCACAAGAUAAUGAGUGUGAUAAUGAGAGUUGUAUAAUGAAUACUACUUAUUUUUAAUUACUUAAUACUACUUCCUAGUUUAUUGUUUUCCCAAAUUUGUAUAAAUUAGAAGAACAAAUAAUUUUAUCGAUGAAUUCAUAUUAUUAUUGUUGUGAACAUGAAAAAUGUCAAAAUUCGACGUGGAUGGUCAAAAUAUAGACUGUUAGAUGAUAACAUCGGGUUUAGCUGAAAUAUUCUAUCUAUGUCAAUCUGCGUCCGGGACGGUUAUUCAAGUUGUCUCAUAAUGAUAUGGAAAUAAAAAGAGGAAUAAUAAGAUGGCGUGAGGAAUAAAUUGUCAUGGGAUAAAAAUCGUACAGUCGAACAAAUCGUCGUGAAAUCAAUCUUCAUCAUUUUCGAAGAAAUGCACAAUAAGCAACCUAUAAAAUAUAAACAUUUUUGAUUUUGAAAUCUACUGAUUUUUUAAUUUACAACAAAUGUCUAGAACGAAAUGACAUAUUACUAUUGCAUUUUCCAUUAUAGUAGCCAUAUCAUUGUUAUAUUACAUUUUCUUUGUCGAGCAACUAGGCCUUUUGGAGUAUAUAUUAUAAUAUAUAUCAUACAUUAUAUUAUAUAAAGAAAAUGGAACAUUAGUACUUGACUUAACAUUUCUAUAUACAUAUGUGGAAUAUAGAUACUUGGGCAUCUAGCUCGAUUUCAUUCUACAAUAUUGACUAUCAUAUGUUUUUAUGUAUAAGUAAUGUUAAUAUUUAUUAAUAUGUUAAAAAGAGAAUGAUUGAAAUGUAUAUAAAAUAUAAGGUAGGUACAGGCUAUAUAUUUUGAUGGCAUACGAUUCGCCUUACAUAUUAUUUUCAUUUAUUUCAAGAAAUUGAAAAUCAUUAUUAUAUUAUUAUUCAUUUCAGAUUGGUAAUUAUAAAAGAUCGGUCGAUUGACGAAUAAGUGAUCCAGUAAAGAAAUUGUUUACCCACAUAAAUUUUUAUUCAUUUUGAUGAUUUUUUUUUUUUUUUUAUAUCAGCAUAGUAUCUGUAUGAAAAAUUAUUUUUACCAUUUUUAUUCGAUUGAUAUGAAAAUAUAGGUAUUUUAGAUAUUUUUUUUGUAAAAGUGAAUCCUACUUUUUAGUUUUUAUAUUCAUAAAAUAUGAAAUGAAAUAUAUUCCCGGGAUACUUUAUACGAAUAAAUAUAAAUAUUGCAAGAGUAUAGUUUGUUAUUAUAUUUUAUAUGUAAACCUUUGAAGUUUUAAAUAAGAAGAGGUAUAAAGGCGAAAAAUAAUUCUAUACUUUAUCUAGUUUUUCUAUUGACCCAAUAUAUAUCCUUUAAAAUAGUGUUUUUUCAAACUAUACUGAAACACGGCACAUGUCCAGAAAUUAAUAACUUUUCAAGAUCAUUUUUUUUUUUAUAGGUCACUAUCUAAUUUUUUACACCAAAUUAGAUAAGCAAAAUAGUUUUACUAUUUAACAGAUAAACAAAACAUGCUUGAACGCAUCUAUUUUAAAUUAAAAUCAAAUGCAAUUGGUCACUUGUGAAAAUAAACCUUUCAAAAAUCCUGGCACACCUAGAUAAUGCUCGCGGCACCCGGUUUAAAAGCCACUACUCAAAACUUUAAAUGCUUGUAAACAAUAAACUUUACUAUGUGAGUAUCUACGAGUAUGUGAUACAUAAUUACAAUAAUUUAAAUAUCGUAAAGAGCCCGUCGUAGUUACACAGAUAAUGUUGUUCUUUUUAAGUUUGAUAGUAGAUCAAUUCACUUUAUUGUUAAAACAUAGUUGUCCCUGAUAAACGCAAUUUGUCGAUGUUGUAUGUGUUAGUAAAACUGUGACAGCACAAUGUUCGGGUAUAACGUCCUCUUAAAUUGAAUGUUUUGUAAAAUAUGCAUUGUACGUUUUGUAUGUAAGCAGUUAUCAAUAAUAAUAAUAAAAAAAAUUAAUUAUAAUUGAACACCCUGUGUACAUUUAUGCGUUUUAAAUUUGCAAUAAUCAUUCAAUCGCAUGGCUGCUACAAUACCUAUGUCUAUAUUAUAUAGUUUCACUUCAAUGCAUAUUUAAAUAUCUCAAACUAAUUAAUUUGUCACCGAUGAGGUGACAAAUAAGGAUUCGUAAAAUUUGAGCUCAGCUGAAUUUAAUUAAUUUCAAGUUCAAAGCUUCAAAAAAAUGUGAAAAAUUUGUUUUUUUUGCUCAAGUUCCUUAAGUUUUAAAAUAACGAAAAAUUGUGUUUAAUUUGUAUUGAUUAUUUUCUAAAUAAAUUGUUUUUUCAUGGUUUUUCGUAAAAUUCACCAGUCUUUUUCAAACCUAGAAUCGUUUAUAUCUACCAUUGCUAAUAUUUUAUGAAAACAUUGCUAGGCUUUCAGUUCUUCGAUGCGAUUAUCUUCUACAAUUUAUAGAUAGAAAAAAAAUCACCGAUGUACAUGGCUUUUAAUAUUAUUAUUUUUGAUUAAAUUUAGCAUUUUUAAUUUUGUCUUUUAUAACUCGUAUAAUUGUAUAAUAAUAUGAUAAUUGAUUAUAAAAUAUGAUAGAUUAACUAAUGAAAUGUGUUUCACGUAUAUUGAACUAAAAAUGUAUAAAUAAUUAUAUAAUAUAACUGAUAUAACUACAUAAAAAUGAUAUUCCGUGAAAAUUUAAUAUUUUUAAGUGUUGUUAUCCAACUAACAUGUCUAAUUAUCAAUAGCCAGUAUCAGUGAUAACAUAGUUUAUAAUAAACUCAAUGGCGUAGCAAGGAUUUUGUAUUGAGGGAGAAUAUUAAAUACGUUUUUACUUGAAUAAUGGACGUAUAGAUAAAUGGAAGUUUGUGGUUUAACUCCCCUAAACAAAUGCGUAUGGAAGUAUUUUUAUCAAUAUGCAUUUUAAUGUACCUGAAUACUUUAAAAACAGAUCGAAUAAUAAAAAAAAUAAAUAAUAAUUAAUUAGAAUUGUAUAUCACUUGGCAUAUCUUGUAACUAUAGUCUAUACUACUAUAUUAUAAACGAAAUAUACACAUUUCUAACAGUAGCAUCCUCUUAGGAAAAUUUUUCACAAAGGCAGUGAUCAUAUCGUUUUCGUUAGUGUCUUUUUUUUUUUUUAAUUUACAUUAAACAUGUACCGUAAAGUUAACCGCAUUGAUUCUAUUUUCUGACAUAACGCUCUUCGUUUUCAUACGGUUCAGUUUAGAAAACGUUCUUUAAAAUGGAAGAAAUAAUUGUAGACGUGGUUAACACUCAAAUCAUAAACUGCUACGCAUAAAUAAAUACAGACCAUGAGCGAGGGGGGAGGGGCUAUAGCUUCUAAAACUCAUCCCCUGGCCACGUCUCGUUGUGACUAUUAAUAUUAUUAUGGGUAUUUUAAAGGUAAACUCUACAUUUUGUAGGUGUAAAACCUAGCUGUUUAGACAAAAGAAGACCUAAAUGAAUGUCAUAUUAUUUUUUAUCCAUAUUAUAAUAGUCAAAAGUAAAGAAUCAAAAAUUUAACUUAUACAUAAUAAACGUCUGCACUUAAAUUAUAAAUUACUGUAUUAUUAUAGCUGAUCCUGCUAUUGCGGUCUUGCAUGUGACAAAUUAAACGCCCGGGAUUAUUUUAUGUCGACUAAAUUAAAUAAUACUAAUUAGUGUAUUUCUCUGUAUAACCUAUGUGUAUAAACAUAUGUAUAUACUAGAAAUAAACUUUUUUUUCUUAUUUUAUUUAUGAAAAAAUAAAAAUAUGUACAGUCUGUAAUUAGAUUACUUCAAUAAAUAAUUAUUCAAAUAUAGAGUUAUCAAGACAGCAAGGCCGAGGCAGAAUUUAAAUUAGAAAAAAAAAAUACUUCUUAUUACGCUCAAUUUCGCCAGAAUAUUUUGAAUAUUUUGAUCACAUCUAGAGGCUAAUACAAAUAUUCUGUGAAUUAUAACUAAAAAAAAGUCGAAUAUAAUGAAACCGUUAAGAAACAAAAAAUCAUUAUAAUCAAAAUACGAUUUUGACCCGAGCUUGGUAAAUUGAGAAGUUUGUUUUUUUCUCUUGUAAGCCAAAGUAACCCAGAAAUCAAUAAAAAUAAAACCGUCAUUUGUUGCCAAUUUUUUUUUUUUUUUUUUAAAAAACUUUUAGAAAUAUAUUAAAUAUUUUUAAGUAAAAUACUAUCGGGUGGAAAUUCCGUAGCUUUAAAAUUAGAUAUUAAGCCAGGAAAAUAAGAGCAUUUUACUUACCAAAUUGUUGUUUUAAAAAAAAUAUAAAUGCAAUUUUUUUUGAAUAAAGAAAUAGGAAUUUUGAACAAAUGGUCAAAUACAUCGACACCGCAUGCAAAAUUCACAUCUAUUAAGGUUUAACAUAAAAAAAUCUAAGCAUUUUUACUAACUGAUAGUGUUUCUUUUUUUUUUUUUGGAGAAAUAAAAUAACAAAAUAUUAUAUUAGUAUUGUUAGUAUUUAGAAUAUUAAAUUCAAAAUGUAUCUUUUUUUUAUUUUAAACUUACCAAAUAGUCUUAAGAGAUUAAUGAUCAUAAAUAUAAUUUCAAUGUUUGUCUAUUUUUAAUUUCGAAAUUUUUUUUGACAUCAAUAAAUACGAGUAUAUUUUAUAUUUUCCUUUUUGAAGUGUGGUAAAAUUAUCAAAAUAUUUUGAUAAAUUAAAUGACCACCCAAAAGUAUCUCCUCAGUCAAAUUUCCUUUACGGAAAAGUGCUAUCAUUGUAAAUCGGAGCAAAAUUAUUGGUAGACAAGUUGUUUACAGAAAAAAAAAAAAUAAUAAUAAUAAUAUUUUUUAACUAAUACCUACAUUUCGUACAUUUUUCCGUUUUUCCUCCGCUUUUUUUAAUAUAUUAGGAGAGCUCAUGGAAAAAUCAAAAAUUACCUUCCUAAAGUAACACCACAGUCAGAUUUCCUUUUAGAAAACGUGCUUCACUUGUGAAUUGGAGAAAUAUGAUUAGUAUAAAAGUUGUUAAUAGAUAAAAAUAAAAAUAAAAUAAACACAAUUGCAAAACCAUAUGGUUUUUCCCUCCACUUAGAAUCUGGUCUAAUCAGAAUUUUGUUAAAAUGUUAACAUUUUGAUACAUAUAAUAAUUACUUAUUUAACACUUAUCAAUCAUAUGUCUACAGAAAAUAUAAAGUAUACCAUAAAAUAUAAAAGUGUACUAUUUUUGUUUUUAUAUAGUGGGAAGGGACCCUUGGAAUCUGGGGACCUUGUCAUUGUGUACCGCAUACACAUGAGUAAAUUAGGGCCAGGUCCCCAGUAACUGAUCUUUUUUUUUAUUAUUUGUUUGGCCAACAGUAUUUCUGAUAGUAAUUGUUUUUAGCCAGUAAUAAUAAUAAUUACUUACAGUAAAUUAUUUAAUGGGGCCUCCUUUAUGCUGAGCGUAACGCGACGAUCUAUCAGAUAACUUUUGUUCCGUUCAAUAUUUUUAAAUUUUUUUUUUUUUUAGUAAUUACUCUAGUGCUAUUAUUUCUUCAUUCUAAGUUUUUAUAUUUUUUUAAAAAUUAAAAAUUGUUUUUACAAAACCCAAAUUACCCGUUUUAUUUAAGAUAUGUUGAAACAUAAACCAUUUGAUGAUGUUACAAAUAUUUGAUAAUGAUGAAUCGUUAAUUUACUGCAAUUUUUUGUAGUUUAUGAUUGUUUUUAUCGUCAAUGCUAUAGGUGUAGUAUCUAUUGAUUCACCAAUUUGACCAUGUAAAAUAAUUUUCGUAUACUUCAAAAAAUGGUAGAAACCUAAUGAUUCAUUUACGAAUGAUUCAUUCAGUAGAUUAAUUUAUACAUAUAUAUAUAUAUAUAUAUAUAUAACUGACGAGGACAUAAUAAUUUGGAUUUUUUUAUAGGUAUCUCUUCAUUUGCAAUUAAGUAUAUUGUUAUUCGAUAUUAUUAUUUAAUAUUGAAAAGUAACUUAUCUGUAACGAACAAAAAGUAUAAAUUUAAAUAAAAACACCGUGUAUAAUGUCUUCUUUUUUUUGUGGCCUUUGUAGCUCUCUUAGAGUUUUUGUCGCCAACGCAAUAUUUCGCCAUGUGUCUAUAAUAUAGUUUUUUUUUUUUUCUUUUUUAAAUCAUUUGGAUAUAAUAACAGUGUAUAUACUUAGUGUACAAUUACAGCAACUUUUAUACUUUAAGUUAUACUAAAUUAUGUAUUUUUAAUAAUUGCAUAUAAAACCAAUUUUUUAAUUUUAUUUAAAUGUUGAAUUUCAGGAAACCAUGCGUCGAUGCAAUCUUGUGCUGUGACCUUUGAUAUGGUCACCGGAAAAUGAAGACGUUGGCCGGCGCCAUAAUAUUAUGCAUCAUGCUCGUCAUAAUUUCUGGUAAGUCAGAAUAAUUUGAAAUACAUAUUAUAAUUAAAUAUUUUAUUUUUCAACAACUCAAUUUAUUAGUGUACUGUCACUAAUAAGCCACCUUUCUCUAAUCAACGUCCAAUUCAUUGCUGCAUUCCCGUCUUUACCAGUCUUGUAUCUUUUUCCACAGUGAUUCUCCAUCUGCAGGUCGUUGGUGUUCUUAGUGACCAUUAUAGUUUUUCUGCUCAAUCAGGGCUUCAAAGCACUUCUUAGAACAUUCCCAUUUGCUUUCUACUCGUGUAUUCCAAACAUUUAUACCUUAUACAUAUGUGAUAAUAUUAGAUUUUUCGCAUGUAGCUAAUACCUUACUGUAGUAUCUAAUUUACACGACUUUUACAAUAGUCAACUACACCAUCUGUUGUUUACAAUUUCGUAUAUACAAAUUUAUUAUUAACUAUUUUAACAUUAUAUUUCAUACACACGUGCAUUGUAUGUAGGAAACCUGUAUUUUGUUCUGCUCAUUAACUAUGAAAUAUUAUUAUAGUUAUAAUAAAAUAUUUAGCCAUUACUAUGAAAAAGCAGAUUGGGUUUUUUUAGGGUGCUAAUUUUAAACUUGGGGGGGGGUGCUAAAAACCACCUAGCAUCUUCCUAGUUACGCCUAUGAAUACAAAACAAGUAAUAUUUAUAAACAAAAAACCAUACCUGUACAAGUUUAUUUUUACAGAAAUAAUAUCUAUAUAACUUAUAGGACUACUAAAAUAUGACGAUACAUGCACAUAGAACAUAAACGAAUCGUCUUUAGUAAGAAAAUGGAAAGCUAUUACGUAUUUUGUAGAAGAGUUAAAGGAUUUUCAAACAAAUAAAUAAUAGACAGAGUAUAAUUACUCACGCUUAACAAUAAGUGGUUAAAUGUGAACUAUAGGAAAGUUUGAAUAUUAUUCUUUACAAAGUUUAUAACUACGUCAAAAGUCAUAUCGAUUUUUAUAAUAAUGAAUAUAAAUUUUUAACUUUAACUUUAACUUUAAUAAUUAUUAUGAAAGAAAAAACAAAAACUAAUCGGCGAAAGCCUUUGAAGUAAAAAAAUUAUGGGUAGCAAUUGAACAAACAUUUAAGGUUACCUUAUGACGUUAAAACGAUCAUAUGCAGACAAUUUAUAUUGAAUUUUGUACUGAUGAAUAAAAUUGUACAAAAUACAGACGGGAUAAAGACUGUACAUUAUUAAAAAACGUUUUUAAUAAAUAUAAAAAGCAACUAUAAAUUACUUCGUUUGAAAAUUUGAUUACUGCAGUGUCGAACUUAGAAUUAAAUAUCGAUGCUCAAAUUUUUAUCCUGGUUAUUUUUUGAUUUUCCGCUAUUUUCCAGACAUCAAGCUGCGAUUUAUCAAUUGAAUAUUUCGAAUAAUGACUCAUUUAAAAAUUAUUACUACAUUAUUCGUGUUCUAUAAUUAUUUACAUAUCUAAAAAGUUGUUGGGUGAAACUUUUUGAUCAUUUUUACAAUUCCGCAAAAAGUUUUUUUCCGAGACAAAAAAAUAAAAACGGGAAGCAGUGCACUUCAUUAUAUAAUAGUUGUUUGUUGUAAAGUUUCUUAUUUUCCUCGUUUUAAACAAAGAGUUUAAAAGUUUUUCCAUUCUUGUAUUCAUAAUAAUGCUAGGUAUUAUAUUAUAAUUAAAUUUUUCAUUCAUAUGGACGUAUUUUUUUUGUAUCAACACAAUAUACACGAGUAUAGUUAGGUAAUAAUUAAUAUUAUUGCGUCUAAUUAUUGUGUAUUAUUCUGAUCAUGGAAAAUGAGUACAGUUGUACAAGUACCAUCAAUAUUUUCAGUAGUGUAUACGUGAUUUUAUUUAAAGUGUAGAGAGGGCAACAAAGAGGCAAGAAGAGGAGGAGCGGUAGCCCUCUACUUCAAGUACUGAUUCUUGCUAUUCUCCGCAGAUAUUUUGGCAGUUCUUUUUAUUUUUUUUUUUAUUUUUUUUUUUACAUAAUUAUACGAGUAAGUGAAGUUAGGAUUUCAAUACAUCGUAUAUUGUUUUUCAAUGCUUGAUGUGUGAUACUCAUUUUGUUACAAAUUCGCUUCGUGUAUUUUUGAAUGAAAAUGUAAAAAAUUUAUUUCCCAUUUUUUUGAUUUCUAAGUGUAUUUUAUAAUUAAAUUUAACAUUGUAUUGUAUUUGUACAAUUUCUAUGGUUAAAAAAAAAGCGACGGGGAAUCUGCACCACUCCUUAUAUUCUUAAAAAUGUUUUUGUAAUGCAUAAAUAUAUUUUCCUUUCUUUUUUUUUAUCAUUACUCGAAUUUGACAUCGUAAGCUAUGAAUAUUAUUAUAGUAAUGUAAUAGUAAAAUAUUUUUAUAUUUUUUCUCACUGGUUAUUCGGUUAUAAAGUAGGCAAAUAAAAGAAAAUUGGCUGUACUUUAUUAAAUUCUUCAAAAAUGACUUAACCUCACAUGGCGAUGGUUUUAUAUGAUGUAAACAUCAACUUCAAAAACAAACGGACAUACGUUGGGUGGGCCAUUUGAAAAUAACGUAUUUUCUAAAUUUCCAGGUUUUCCUAGGUUUUUUCUUGGUUUUUUCUAUUAAUUAUGAAAACCCAUAGUAAAAAUUAAAAAGUACCUUCUCAAAGUACCACCCCAGUCAGAUUUCCUUUCAGAAAAAAUGCUACACUUGAAAAUCGGAUCAAAAUUGCUAGUAGAAAAGUUGUUCACGGACGAAAAAAAAAAAAAUAAGAAAAAAUAAACAUUGUUGUAAAACCAAUGCAUUCCUUAGCUCCGCCAAGAAUCUGAAAUAUAAGUAUUAAAAAGUCGAAACAUAUACUUAUGUUUUUGAAUUUUAUUAUCUGUAAUAAUAUUACAAGAGUCGUUUGAGUUGUUCCCAAUAUAUUAUUUACAUAUCCACUAAAAGUAAAUAACCUAACUCGAGAAAGUAAUAUUGAUUUUAGGUUGCGUAAAAAAAGUAAAGAAAAAUAAUAAUAAUAAACAAUUGUACAAAUUACCAUUUCGAGAAAUACAUAAUAAUUCUAAAGGAAUAAAUAAUGAUUUUAAUAAUGCGUGAUGUAUAUAUUGUGCGAGUUUUUGAAUGGAAAACUUGCAACGAAACAUCGUUUGUCCACUCGUACAUCUGGCGAGAGCUAUAUGGCAUUAUAUUAUGGUCAAGAAAGGAUGGGAAAAAAUAAUCGGGACUUUCUGCCGGAAGGGAUGGGGUAUAAUGAAAUUCUCGAGGACUCGAUCUAAACACUGUAUAUAUGUAUUAUACUCGCAUACGAGAAUCAGUCACGAAAAUUGCAUUUUCUCGGUAAGAUAGACACGAGGGUGUUUUCCGGGUCAGGGCUGAGGAAGGGGGUUACAGAACAUAAGUGAUUUUAUCGAGCCAUCCGUUAAAGUAUAUAUUCGUUCCGUCGUUUUACGACUAAUGGGCUUUUGAACCGCCCGAAAUUUAACGCGGCUGUUAAUAUCGCUAUCCGCAUGUGUGUGUGUGUGUAUGUGUGCUGCGUGGGAGUUGCGUUACUAUCACCGUAGGUAUAUUAUGGCUUGGUAACGAAACCCCUUGAGAAAUAUAACAGGUGAACUGGACGUACACUCCACGUGUAAUUGAUAUCUUUCUUACUUAUUGUUAUUGUUCACACGCGUUCAUCUCAAACCCGUCCUAAAGUGUUUUUAUACGUCAAAAGUCGGUUUUUUUUUACAUAGCUAUACUUACGUACUGUAAAAUAUUUUUAUCUAAUAAUUACUGUUCUGUUUAUAUAUUUUUAAAGUGGAUGCCAAUUGUCAAUCAAAACAAUUUGUGUACUAAACUUCGGUAAAUAAUAUUGUUUUAGUUUUACUAUUGGAGAAAAUGGCCAUUAUAUUGACCGUCAUUUGUCACACAAUUUGAAAAAAAGUUAUUUUUAGAUUCUGAGCGCAACGAGGAAUGCAUAUGAUUAUUGAUUUUACUAUGAUGUAUGCUUAAAUGUUUAUUUUUUUUGUGUUUAUGAAACACAUAUACAUACACACACAUGAACACUAAUGUUUAUUAGUGAAACAAAUAUUUAUUGAUUCACAUUUCAGGAUGUUCGAUGAAUCCGGAUGCAAAAAGGCUGUACGAUGACCUUUUGUCUAAUUAUAACAAACUCGUAAGACCUGUGCUCAACAACACUGAUCCACUUCCAGUACGGAUUAAGCUCAAAUUAUCACAACUCAUCGACAUUGUGAGUAAAAUAAGUACAAUAUUAUAAUAUAAUUUAUUUAAAUUUAAGUAAUAUGGUUGAUUUUGCUGAUAGGUGUGCCACUGUUGUAGGUGAGAAAAUGGGAAGAUAGGAAAGUUACUCGUAAAUGUAUUUAAUUUAUAUCUAUACGCAAUGAUAAUAUUAUUAAAGAAAAUAUAUAAUGCGUAUGCAAUUAUUUUACUAAAAUAUGACAUAUAUAUAUUGUUAACAAAGCAACACUAUCAACCGAAUUCCACAUAGAAUCGUAUUUUCGUUAGCAAUGGUUAAUGGUUGCAUACAGAUGUAUAUUAAAUUUACCCUCUACCAACUUCCCGAUUUCUCACCCAUAACAGUCGCUGCACCCAUUUCCAUUAUCCUAGAACAGCUUUUUUUUUUUCUUUUAAGGUAGGUAUGAUUACAUUUUUAACUCAGCGAUUAAUAUUUUGUCAGCAAGUUUUGUAUAUAUUUGGUAUAUAUUUUUUUCCGUUUGUACUGUUUAAUUUCAUUUACUAUAUAGACUUUUUCUAUCCAAGUUAUAGCUAGUUUACGAUAUUGAUUUGGAGUGUUCAGACUUCAGACUCAUAAACAUAAUUAUGUAUGUUAACAAUUGCAUAAGGAAGUCGAAUAAAAUCUAUUUUUAUUUUCGGAUUUAUAUUUUUAACGAUUUUAAGAUAAGAAUUUUUUUGUCUGUAGACAUUUUUUAUACCAGCAAUUUUGCUCCGACUCCCAAUAAUAGUACUUUUUCCAAAAGGAAAUCUGACUGGGAAGGUUUUUUAGGGGUGUCAUUUUUCGAGUUUCUCAAUAGUUUUCCCAGCAAAUGUGAAAAACCGGGAAAAUCGAUACAAUAUUAAACAAAUAUUAUUAAAGAAAAUAUAUAAUGCCUAUUUAACUAUUUUACUAUAAUAUGACUUACAUAUUGUUGACAAAGCAUCACUAUCAACUGAACUUCGCUCAGAAUCGUUUUUCGUUAGCAAUGGUUUAUCGUUGCUUACAGAUAUACAUUAAAUUAUCAAUGGCAGUGGCUGAACCGUCUUCAUUAUCCUAAAACAUCUUUUUACACAUUGUAUUGUUUGAAAAUGAUAAAUCGAUUUGUACGCAGUCAUUUGGUUAAUCGUAUCUAUAGAGAGUAGUAAUGCAAAAGAAUUUUGAAUGAUAAUUUUAUGCAAAGCUAUCAAGGGUAAAAAAAAUAUGCAAUGAUAUAUAAUGUUAAAAUAAACAUUAUACACACAGAAAACAUAAAACAUUUUAUUUUUUUAAAUUACAGUUCAAAACAUUUUAUUUGUCUCAGUGCCUUUACUAUAAAGUAAAAGGCGAAAAAUAAUUUAUUUUUUGUGGAAUACUGACUCACGUUUUAAUCUUAUCCUAUCCUUAUUUCGAAUUCAUAUUAUUAUAAUAAUAUUUCAGUGUAAUCGUUCAACAACCGACAUCAAAAGUAUUCGUUAGGAUGGUGAAACUAAACUCACGAGUAGGUACUCUUUUAAUAUGGAAACAUUAAAUCGUUCUGGCAUUGAGUUGAGAAUUUGAGAUCGAUAGCAGAUUAGCUCUUUAAAUCUCCUAUACAGAACAGAAUACAGAGUAAAUCGAGUUUCUAAUGCAGAACCGCACCACAUAUAAUUUAGUAUUAUUGUAUUAAGGUAGUUAAACUGUAUAUUUAUUUUUAAUGAAAAAAAAUAAAUCGUUAAAAAAAUCCAUGUCUUGUGCAUUGGGUUUUAAUACUAUAACGCGUUAUUUCUAUCAGUGUUUUUCUUCAGUUUAUUUUUUUUCAUUAUUUACGUACAGCAUAAAACUGGGAAAUUUAAAAAACGAUCUUUUUAAUGUAACAUAAAUAUUCAAUCACUUACACCAAUAGGAAGUUUUCUCGUGUUUUUCAGAUUGCUAUAAAAAUAACAAAACAUGCAAAUAUUUUAUUUUAUGGUUAUAAUAGCCAACUUGAUCCAUUCAGAAUCUAAUUUUUAAGAAUGCAAUAUUUUCAAGAGAAUCAGCUUUUGUAGGUAUUUUUAAUUUAAUUUAUUGUGUAGUAAAAAAAAAUACACAUAUAUAUUUUGUUGUAUUUAUUGUUAAGAAUAGAUGUUAAUUUAUUAAAUGUAUUAAAUGUUGUGUUUUAUUUUAGUUCAUUUUAAUUAAACACGUUUUAAAAGUUGCACGCUUGAUAAAUCACAUACAAACAUUCGUAAAUGAAUUAGAAUUAUUGCGAUUUUGAUUGGGGCCAAUAAUAUAAUUCAAACCAUAGAGUAAUUUUAAUUCGUAAAUAUUGAGUAGGUAUCUAAAUCUAUUAAUUUAGUCAGUUGGAAUAAAUGAGAAUGAAUGUAUUUUGUUAAAUUGACUGUGUUUUAUUCGUUUUCAAACUGCAGAAAUCGGUCAAUAAAUGAUUUUCAUUUUUUAUUUGUGUAAAUAUUUACUCAAUACACGCGCCUAUUACAAUCAUUAAGUUCCAACACAUUUUUCAUCAAUUUUAUCGUUUUAAAUUAUCGUGAGUUUAGUUUUAUGUUAAAUUUUGAACCCGACCAAGCGAAUUAUUAUUAUCUAGUUGUUUUACAAUGGUGUUUUCUUUUUCCUUCUUCUUUCGGUUAACAGUUUUAAUACGUUUCGGAGCAUUAAACACAAAUAAACACAGUUACAAAAGUUAACAAAACUUUGUACACAAGUAAUUAUACAUAAAUAUCAUAAGUACCCUUUAAAGUAGUAAUUUUUAGUUCAUUAUGGAGUUUGCUGUCUUGAAAAUGUUCAGUGACUGCAGCUGUGAAAAAUGAGUGUCUAUAGACGAAAUAUUCAAAAGUAUUUUUAAAAAAAAUUGUGUUGGAAUUGAUUUUAAAUAUUUAAAAAAAUGUAUAAAUUGCCAUUUUUUUGCAGAGUAGUUAUAAUACCAUUGUCAGGUAUAAUAAACUACAUUUAUAUUAGUAUAUAUUAUAUAUAGAUAUUAAUAAUUAAUGGUAUUGAUUAUAAUUUGAGUAAUAAUUAUAAAAUAUUUGUACAAGUACAAAUCAUGUAAUCAAUCAAGUACAAGUUCAUGUUUUUCUACAAGUAAGUUUAUUGAAUAGGGUUCAUUCGUAUUAUAUUUGGGCCUGUGUCACAAUUUUUGUCAACACGUUUACCCAUAACAUUUUCAACUAAUGUGAAUUUAAUAUUAUUUAAUCUAUGCAUAACGACCAUGUUGUUAUCUGCCGAAUUUAAUCUGAUUUCUAUAUUGGUAUACAGCGUACCUGUAUAAUAUUUUUUGUCAGUAAAAAUACUUAAAUCGUUCUCGAAAUCCCGUUUCGAGAGUUAUUCUUAUCUUCUGUCGGUUUCCUUUUUUUCGUUUUGAUCGUGUUCGGUCGAAAAAAUGAAACCGAUGACUUCCUGAGCUAUUCAAAUUCGUUUUCGUUAAAAAGAUAUCGAACCCGUCAAAACGGAAACGGGCACAUCCAUUUGCCGCGUGACAAAGAUAAGUCGACAAUGGGCUGUAUAAACGAUAUUUAUACAUACAUUAUAACAUUAUGUAGGUACAUAAAAACGACAUAAUGCAAAGUACACCUGACAAAGAAAUAUCUGUCCGUCAAGUGACACGCAAGAAUUGUAAAAUAUAUACAUAAAUACCCUGUACCUAUCGGUCGUAAGUACCAUAAACGAAACACUGUUAUGUUUAAUAGAGUAUUAUAAAUUAGGUAUAUAGUGUUUAUAAUUUUACUUUAAGAAAACCGUUAUUAGCCUUGAUAAAAUAUCGCUGUUUGUGUACGUGGUAUUUUUUAUGUUGACCUGCAUAACCUAUGUGUUUAUCGUGUAUACUUAACUUUUUGUUGCAGAAUUUAAAAAAUCAAAUUAUGACGACCAACCUAUGGGUAGAACAGGUAAGAAUUGAAGGGAAAACCGAACUUUUACUUAUUUGAUGUAAAAUUAUCAAACAAUUUCACUAUAAUUAGAAAAAUAAAACACACCAAGUCAAAUGUUUUAUCAUAUUAUAUUUUAUUCCGUGUACAAAUUAUUUUUAUCCAUGUCAACAAAUAACUCAGAAAACAACAAAAAUAAUCCAAUUUUUUUGGUAUCAAACUACCGAAAACCCUUUGUCAGUCACCUUAAAUGGUCGGAUUUCGGAAAUCUGACUACGAGGCGCGCACGGACUUGACUAAAUGUCAGAUAGAUUCGAUGGAUUCGGUUAUGGAUCGCGCACAGAUAGACAUUUGCUUCAGUUAAUAUUUAAUAUAUAGAUUAAAACCAAUAUACUGUUUUGAUAUGCCUUCAUAAUAAUAUUAUAAUGUAAAUUUUUGGUUUUUCAAGUAUUGGUACGACUAUAAGUUGACGUGGAAUCCCAGUGAAUACGGUGGCGUCGAAGGGCUACACGUACCGUCAGAACACGUUUGGAGGCCAGAUAUUGUGCUCUAUAACAAGUAAGUGAUUUGUUUUCGAAUUUAACUAACACUCGUACGUGUAUAAUAAUUAUCUGUAAAUAAUUCGGUAUGCAUAUUCAUAUUUAAAGUGCCGACGGGAAUUUCGAAGUGACAUUGGCCACUAAAGCCAUGCUCCAUUAUAGCGGCCGGGUCGAAUGGAAACCGCCAGCUAUUUACAAGUCUUCCUGUGAAAUAGACGUAGAGUUUUUCCCGUUCGAUGAACAGACGUGCGUGAUGAAAUUCGGCUCGUGGACGUACGACGGUUUCCAGGUAGGAAAUAUACUUUUUCACGUACCUAUUAUUAUAAUUUUUUCGAAAGUUUUAACGGUAUGAAAAUUCAAUAGUUAUUCUAAUAAAAAUGUAUGCAUACGUCAUAACUUUGGCUAUAUUUUCAAUGCGUAUUUCCGAAAGUACACUUACCAAUAUGUAUUGGUUAUUAUUUUUGGCGAGUGGAUUAUUCAUAGCAUUUGAUAUAAAUUAGGCAUGUUCAGUUUCCGGGAAACUUAAUUGACCUUUGUCGGUUCUUCCUUGCAAAUGCCGGUGUUGAGAUUGUUACGGUGGGGAAGCAGGGCAAAGCAGAGAGGGCCGCGAAAAGUUCGUUAAUUACGCGUACCGUUGCAGGUGUUUCGGUUAUAAAGUUCUGGUUAUUUCCAUCAUAUCUCACUGGCCCGCUUCUUUGCCAGGUUAAAUCGUGGCUUUCAUUAAAAAUUAGACUUUGACGAUUAUAUUAAGUAUAUUUAUGCAAGACGAGCAUUUUUGACCAAAUUGUGUCCAUAUAUAAUAUAAAUUAUUUUUGAUUACAUAACGCGUAACAGAAAAUUAAGGUCUUUUAGGCCAUUAAGGCACGUUUUUACCAAGCGCCUUCUAUAUCCAUCCUGGUCUAUUGAAUUUCCCAUUUCCAUUAAUAUAACUUACUUACCCUGCAGUUACACUAUCCAACCCCAGCUGGCGCGGUCUUCCGUCUGGCCGCUUUUUUGUUGGGUUUCUAUGACUAGGAAAUUUAGUAAAUCACGUCUUCCAUCAGUCUGCCAAACAUGAUCAGCCCACUCAAAUUGUUAUAUGCUAUACUUUACAACAUUCUAAUUUUUUUUUACAAUCAUUCUAGUUGAGCGUUUUUUGCCUUUCGUACAUAUAUACCCUAUUUUAAUUUCGUACAGGUCCACGAAUUUUCUUCAAAAUUAUUCUUUAUAAAUCCAAUACUUGUUUCAAUAGUAUUUAUUAUUUUUAAAACGUAGAUUCACUGAAUACAAUGUUUGAAUCCUGAUGAAAUAAUUGCGAACGUAUUUUAAGAAUUUUUUAAUUAAAACAAUUAUGUAUACCUAUAUAAAUAGGUUCUGCAGUAUCGGUGCCGUAACUGAAGAGUCAAAUACCUAGGUGCACACAAAUGUGUAUAGGUCCCUCUUUCUUGACCAUGACAAAAUGGAUGUAUACAAAAGAUGGACUUACUUCACGCCAUAAAUAUUUUUCACUCCUUAGAUAUGAUGGUGAAUGUUUUGAAUUUUAAAAAAUUGAUUAAUCAUUUUUUUGUCAUUGAAACAAUUGUGUGUGGAGCUUCAAUGUAAUAUACAUGAUUAUAGUUUUAUAUUGAAAACCUGUGGAAUGAACUAUAUAAAUAGGUAAAAUAAAUUAUUUAAUAUUUAAGUUUAAAAUUAUCACGUAUGAUAACCAAAAAAUAUAUUUAUGUGAGGCUUAGUAAUUUUUCUAAUAUUUAGAUAAACAAUUCCUAGUCAAAACCCACCAGGUUUUUACUUUGCAUUUUAUGAAAUUUAAUACAAGAUAAUAAUAAAUGAUAAUGAAUCAAAAUAAUGUGCAAAUAAAAAAAAAAAAAUAUUUGUCGACGGUUAUGGAUUCUUAAACACGGCGGCCCACCAGUACUGUGCACCGCCUGCACCUAUAAUUUUUACGGCAUUGUGUAGAAUAUCUUUAUAUUGACCUAAAUCGAUUGUUUCGUUAUUUUAUAAUACUUGUUUAAUUGUUUCUGUAGAACAACAAAACAAUAAAAAUCGAAAAUAAUAAUAGUUAAAAAAAACAUCAACUUUAUGAUUGCUGUAAAAUAUCGUCAUAUUUAUUCAAUUCCGUUGUCCCUUUGGGUUUUUUGGGGCUUAUAAUUGACAUUUUAUUGAUGUAUUUUUUAAUUAAUUUAAUUUAAUUUAUACAUUCAAACUUAACCCAAGUUUAGAUCAAAUAUUAUCUCACUGAAACGAUGAGUUACAUUCAAAUAGUUUGUAAAUUAUUAUUAUUAUAAAAUUUUUUUUUUUUUAAAGAGCAUAUUUUGGAGGUAUAACUUCAUAACCCCGUGCAAUUUUCCGGUUUAUUUAUAAAAUACAAACAUUAUAAUAGAAAUCAACACACACCGAAAUCAUGUUCGAUUUUUAAAAAUCGUCGCAAGUAGACAAAUAAAGGUUUAAAAUAUACUGAAUAAGAGUGAUUGACCAUUAUAAUAUAGUUACUAGUUAGGUAUACGUAAUUUAAACAAAACUGUUGACUUGAGUAAAAUAUUUUACAAUAAUAAUAUUUCAGGAGCAGAGGUUAAAUAAAUAUAAGGAUGUUUGAAUGAUUUGAAGAAAUUAUGGAUAUUAUAUGACAAUACCUAGGGAAAAUUAUUAUGCAUUAUAAUUUAACUACAUUGAGUCUUUCAUUUAUCAUUUGAUACUUUUAAAUCAAGUACCUACUGGAUGGGAAUUUUUAAACUAAUACGUGAAAAAAUCUGAAUAUUUUUACUAACUAAAAAAAUAAUUUCCAAGAAAAAAUAAAACAUUAAAAAGUAAAGCAUUACUAAUUCCAAAACGAGACUAAGAAAAAUAUUAUUUUUUUUUAGAGAAUAAAAUACAUUUUAAAACUAUUCAGAAUACAGUAUUGCAUACUUUAGAAAAAAAAAUAUUUUUGAAAUGUUCAUAAUAAUUAAAAUAUGUUCAGAACACUAGCCAUGUCUGCAAAAUUGUGGUCUAGUAUCAACGAGUCUAACACGGAAUUUCAGUAUUGCAUUAUUGAUUAUAUUUUAAAAAUAUUAUGUACGGUUAUUAUACGUCGUCGUGGUAUAGAUUAAUCCAGUUGCUAUAAACAUAACUCAUACGUCAGCUAAAGUUGACAACAAUCUGGUAAUGACGUGCUUUAAACAACGGCUAAUGCACAAUGUAGUUUGAAAUUAGUUUUACAUUGUUACAAUUUAUAACCAAAAUGUACAUUAUACACAAACAAGUAAUGUAGAAAUUUAAAUCACUUUUUAAUUAUUUACGCGAUAAAACCGGGUUUUGAUAUUCCUACGAUACUCUCAAAAAUAGCAAGAUAAUAAUCAAAUUGCUGGCAAUGCCGUAACUGGAACUUGACAAGCCUUGGCUUAGCCACAAGAGCGCAUCUCAGAAAAUAAUGGAAAAUUCAGAAUUUGUAUAAAUAGGUAAUUGAAAUAUAAUGUUUUAACGAAAACGAAUAAACUACAAAGGCGGCGAUUAGUGUGGUGUGUUCAAACGUUUUGCGAAAUUGUUAUAAUACUAUACCCGCAUAAUGUAAAUUAUUUACUGCGGGGUUUGUUGGUUUCAAAAAAUGAAAGCGGAGCUAGUCAAAUUUAAUCGUAUUCGAUAUGAAUUAUUAUUACUACAGUUUGCCAUAAUCGUUACCUACAUAUUUUGCAUAAAAGUUUUCGAAGGAAAAAUUAAAAGGUACCCGCGAGUAUAAUUCGAGAUCUUCGAAUACGUAUGAAAAGCACUUUGCUUUAUUGCGUUUCUUUUCUUUUUCGUGUUCGUGCGCUCGAGGUUUAUAUAGAUAUUCGGCUAAGGAAAACUUAUUAAUAUUAUACUAACAAGUCAAAUGGUAAGUCGAAAGAGGAUCGUUUUAGUGGUUUCGAACAAAAGCUACAAUACGAAUUAAAUCCCAUAAAGUGUUUUCCAUUAUAUAUUGGUAUGCCUAUAAUUUUCAAACUAGGUCGUGUGCGACUGACGUAAUCUCCUAUUUUAGCGUACCUAUAUUCAGGGACGUUUUUAAGAGGAUGAUAAAUCCUCCUAGUAUUUUUUUGGCUUACGAAAUUGUUACCAAUAUUAAACAAUAAUAAUGACAAUAAAAUAAAAAAUCGUAUACAUGUAUAAAAAAAACUAGCUGUCCGAUCCGGCGUUGCUCGGGCCAAUUCUUUUGUUUUUUUAUUUCAUCUGUAUCACCAAGGUAACCCAUGAAUAAACAAAAAUAAAUAAAUAAACAAUUAGAUAUUCGUAGAAAAAAUACCUAAAACCCCUAUUUUAUCACCUUAGGGAUUGAAUUUUAAAAAGUCCUUUAUUAACGUAUGCCUACGUCAUAAUAGCUAUCCGUAUGCCAAAUUUCAGCCCGAUCCGUCCGGUGGUUUGGGCUGUGCGAUAAUCAAUCAGUCAAGACAUAAAAGAUAGACAAACAGUUUCAAUUCUGCAUUAUUCGGUUUCUAAGCGACUACUAUGGUUAUUGCCCUCUUACUUAAAAUAGAGUUUGUUACAAUGUUAGUAGAUAAUAAUAUUUACGAAACAUGAACUUUGCCGUCGAAUAUCACAGCGCUAUUCGUUAUCAAUUAGCAAGUUAGCAUGACACGUACAUAAGUGCAUUACUAUUAUUAACCUUGACUAACCGUCAUUAGCAUACUGUUAUUUGUUCUUAUUAAAUAUAUAUACCUAAUACUAUUAGGUAUUAUUUUGUUGGUUUUUUGAUUGUUUUAAAAUGGAGGAUAAAAUAAAAUACAUAAUAGAUUAUAAUUUCAAGAAAGAAAAAAAAAACCCGAUGAAUGCGAUAAAAAUACAGUAUGCACAUUAAAUAACAGUAAGCACACUUCUUCGCUUUAAUAAUAUUAUUUACUUUGCUGAUAAAAAUAAUUUGUGUGAUGCUAAUAAACAUGUAGUAAGUUUUUUUUUUCAAUUUAUUUUGUACAAUGUAUUAAACUAAUUAUUAAUUUUUUUAAAAUUGUCAUUUGAUUUUAAAAUAAUAAAUUUUUCUCUGUAAGUACUCAUAAAUUUGAGGGUACUUUUAAAUAUAAUUUCCAUUAAAUGAAAACAAAAUUAAAAGCGUGAAUUAUGGUUUCAAUACAAAUGGCUUUUAGAAUUCAAUUAGUUCGUUUGCUCAGAAAACAAAUCUAGAGCUUUUUGUAUACAUAUUGUACUAUUUAUUUUAAAGUUUAUGUAAAAAAUGGUCAGUCUUUAAGAAACUUUGUGAAAAUAGUCUUUGAUGCAUAAUAUAUUUAUUUGCUGGUAAUAAACAACUUGUUUUAUUAAAAAAUACGUAUCCCUCCCUUCCCAAAGCAAAUUCCUAAUUACACCACUGUCUAUAAAUAUUAUAAUCAAAUUUGGUAACUCAAUGUUUACUUGUUUAUUUUCAUUUUAGAUUCUGAGUGGAUUUGAAGAAUGUGUAUUGGUUUUAUUGCAAUGAUGUUUAUUUUUUUUUUGUGGACAGCUUCCAGCAUUUUCCCUUCAAUUUACAAUGAUAGCACUUUUUCUAAAAUUAAAUCUUAUUGGGAAGGUACUCUAGGGAGGUUAUUUUUUGAUUCUUGCAGGAGUUUUCCAAAUAAAUUGGAAAAAUCGGAAAUAGAAGUAUAACAUUAAACAAAUAUUAUUGAAGAAAAUAUUUAAUGCAUAUGUAAUUAUUUUACCAUAAUAUGACAUAUAUACUGUUGAUAUAGGCAACACUACCAAUCUAACUCUGCUCAAAAUCGUUUUUUCGUCAGCAAUAGUUUAUCGUUGCUUAUUGACUUAUUGCUUAUUCAAUUUUCCCUUUACUACCUUCUCAACUUCCCAUCUAUAACAGUGACUGCAUCCGUCCUCAUUACCUUAGGACAGCUUUGCAGAAAUAAAAUAAAUCUUAAUAAUAUAUAGAUGAAUGAAAUAUGUUGGUGUUUUUAUUAUAAUGUAACUUGUAUACCUACAUAGUUAACAUUAAAUUAAUAAAACAUCGUUAUAAAUUUAAACGAAAUAUUACAAUUAUUUCUAUAAAAAAAAAAAAAAUACUAUCCAUUUCGUUAGCAAUAAAUUAUAAUAGAAUAUUAUACUCAUUUAUCAUCGGUACAAUAAAAAGGAUAUUUUACAUUAAACGAAAAAGAAUAUUUCACAUAUUUGUGUCGUGAAAAUAUUGAAGGAAAAAUAAUGGUAGAAUUAAAUAAAAUAUAAUUUUUGAAUACGAAAAUUGCGGGAUUUAUGUGACUUUUUUCUAAUUUAAUGCACCGUAAAAUGCGUAUUAUCAGGAUUUUAUCGAUCCAAUUACCAGAUGGAAAUAUGUUUCAUACGUUUGGUACGCUGUUUGGUUGUGUGUGUGUGCGUGUGUUUGACUAGUGCGAUAUAUAAAAAUAUUUUGUUAGCCGUAUAGUAUGCAGUUGUACUAUUACUAUAAUUUUUGGUUAUAAAUUUUAACGUAACCCGCGCCAGAAAGAGAAAACGAACGGUUCAAUAAAAGGGCUGCUUCUCCUCUGUUUGUCCUUCCGACUUGUUCCACCCUCACUACCCGACCGCUCUGUCCCACUCAAACGCUGCUCUCAUCUACUCUUCACACCGUCUACAGGAUAUCCUUAUAAAUCCCACUUUUCACCAAGGUAUACACGCACGCUACUCGAUUCAAUAUACAGUACCCGAUAUGUUCCUAUAACGGAGAGAAAAAAUAAAAAUAAAAUAAAAUCUGUCUCUCUCACUCUUCUUGUUUCGUCCGUUCUCCCUCAGUUUUUCUUUAUUUUUACAUUUCAUUUUUGUUCAUUGCGUUUCAUAUUGGAUUUUCUCCAAAAAGAUUGAAUAAUUUUAUCGGCUUGUAUAUAGGUACCUGUAUUAGUAUUUUUAAUUGUGUAUCGCAAUCGGGUGAUUUUAAGGUGAAAUAUAUUCCCUUUUAUGCUUUUUGGCUUAAGUAACGAUUGCGUUAUCACACCGGAGAAAAUGUAUUCGAGACAAGUUCUGAAAUUACGUUUAUGAAGUCAAUUGUAAAUUAUUGGAUACCUACUUAUACGAAUAUUAUAUGUAUAGCUUUUUGACAUUCUCAAAAUACUGGAUACGUUUUAGAUUCUGAGUGGAGCGAGGAAUACGUUGAUUUUACAAUGAUCUAUAUUUUUUUCUAUGAACAACUUUUCUACCAGCAAUUUUGCUCCGAUUUACAAUAAUAGCACUUUUUUUCAAAGAAAAUCUAACUGGAGUGGUACUUUAGGAAGACUAUUUUUUGAUUUCCCCAAGAGUUUUCAUAAUAAAUGUGAAAAAUCGGAAAAAAAUCGUAAGACAAACUGGCAAAUUUACGAAAUAUAUUAUUUUCGUAAAUAUUACGGCCUUUUAAAACAUGUAUAACCGAACUCCACUCAGAAUAGUUUUUCAUUAGCAAUGAUCAAUCGUUGCGUACAGAUAUGCAUUAAAUGUCCCUUCUACUUUUUUAACUUCUCACCUUCAACAGUUGUCCACCCAUCGUGCGAAGUAUGUCCGUUUGUUGUUUUUUUUUUUUUUGGAUUGUGAUUAUUCGAAUUUCUCUCUCUGUGCAACCUGUGAGUCGGUUCACAGUUUUUAUAAUUCUUCAUCAUUACUACUCAUCAUUUGUAUGUUUUUUUAAGUGGCUUAUCAAGAAGUAGUGAUGUCGUCCUGUUGUUCUCAUUCCCGCAAUUCAAGAAUGAUAUUAUACAAUUCUCCCGAGUGUCUUAUUGUGUGUUCAAUCAUUUUCUAUCGACGCCUUUUAAUCAUUUCCACCAAACUGUGUUCUUAUCCGGCAAUAUCACCUAGUAUUUUAUCGUUAAUUUUUCUUUCCGUCUAGUCUAUUUUUCCGAAUCCGGCUUCAGCCUCUAACCUCACAUUUCUAUAGAUUCCAAUUGCUUUUCUAAAAUAUAUUAAUAUUAUAAUUAUAAUUGAUUUUUCGUUUAUGUAAACUACCUGUGUAGAAAAUGUAAUUAAAAGUUUUUUUAAAAUGUACUCCGAUACAGUUUUAUCCUUCGAAAAUUCGUAAAUAGGUAAUUAUAUUAAAUAUUUUUCCUGAGCAAUUACCUUGAGAUUUAAACUAUUAUAUAAAAGUUAUAAUUUUUACUAGAUGCAUAAGACUUGUUUAAAAUAAAGUGUCGUUUUACCAGUGGAUUGAAAUGGCGGGACGUUGACCAUAAAAAAAACAAUUACACGUUUCAAACAUCAGCUGGUGUUAUCAUAAAAAAUGUCCAUAAAUCAAAUAUAUAGUGUAAUAUUUAUUGUCUCUUGGGCUGUCAUAAUACAAUAACAAAUUGCAAUAAUAUGUUUUAUUGUCUGUAUUAAUUUAAAAAAAGACAAUAUAUAAUUCAUUUUUUUAUGAUUUCCUGUGCGGUAAUAAAAUAAUCCGAUUACGCGUUUUAAAAUCUUAAAAGUUAUUUUUCGAGUAGGCAAUAUAAAUGUGCUUCAGAAUAGUUUCAAAUAAAAUAGAUAAUAAUUUAGAAAUCUAUAAUGGUAAUUUUAAAUCAAAAAUUCGAAAUAGUUUUCCUUUAAAAUGUGAUUCCCACAUAAAGACACUCUGUAAGUACAGGUUGCAUACAAAUUUCGAAAGCGGAAUUAAAUAAGUUAUGUGUGUCCGGUGUAACUUUUAUUCAGUAUAUAAUAUUAUGCUUAUUCAGGGAUUUGAGACGGUUUACUGAUUUACCGAUUAAACUCUGGAUCGCUAUAAAUAUUACGAUUUGUAAUUUUGAAUUACUCGGAUCAUAUUUUACUUGAUAAAAAUACUAAAAACAUCUUGCGAACAAUUGCAAUUUACUGUUUUCAAACGUGAAAAUAAUUGGAAUGUCAAAAGAAAAAUCAAAUCAAGAUUACGUGUAUUAUAAAAUUAAACGUUAGGCAAUAAGUGUAUUUGUUGAGCUCUGUGCUCAAUUAAAAUGUGAUUGAAAAACGUCCGAAUAUUUCGGGAUUUAAUUAAAUUGAACACCCAAUUUCGAAAUUCAACCCCUAUAAAAAAAAAAAAAUGAGAAUUAAAUUAGCACGGAUAUCGCCCCGUGUAGGACAGCUUAAUAGUCAUAAUGCACGUAAAUCAUCAUAUAUUAUACGACGAUGAAAUAUUAUAUUAGCGUAUAGAGUUCACAGCCGUACGAGACGAAGAAAAAACCGGACAUAUUUUAUUAUUCUGCUCAAUAUGAGUGAACAACAGUUUUGGGCGAGUCAACACUCGAUCCGAGUAUACAUAUUACAUAUAUAUAUAUAUAUAUAUAUAUAUAUAUAUCUAAAUGAUAAAUUGUAAAUAUUUAAAUAAAAAAAAAAAAAUAUAUAUAUAUAUGUAUACAAUGGCUACCUAGGAUUUUGUAAAAAACAUAUUUUAACAAAUUUAAAUUGUUUAAAUUUAUUCAUUUUUUAAAUAUAUAUUAGAGGAAUUAUAGAGUAAGGUUCCAUAGUAGUUACUGCAAUAAAAAAAAAAAAAUUGAAAAUAUUUAACAGACCAAAAUUUAUUUUAGAUGUCGGAUCUUCGUGUUACAGUCUACAGUAUAUGGUAUUACGUUGGUACCCAUAUAAUAUUACGUUCGAACGAUUAAUGUCCAUAAAAAAAUGAAUUUAUAAAACCGAUCAUUACCAGUGGCUGGGUUGUCACGUUUUUGUUUUCAAAAUAAAGUAUCUACAACAUAACACAUGAACCUUUUUUUAUUAUUUCUUUGGAAAAUCUUCUUUUUUUUAGAAUUAAAAUCAUAUAUUCCGAAAAAUGUGUUAAUAUUAAAAAAAGAAAAAAAGUAUUUCAGCGUAGGUACUUUAUUGAUACUGACAAGUACAGUACAUACAUUGUAUUUAUACAAUGUAUUUUGAAAAAAAAAAAGACGUCCUAAGAUAAUGGGGACGGGUGCAGCCACUAUUAUAGAUAAUUUAAUGUAUAUCUAUAAGCAACGAUAAACCAUUACUAACGAAAAACGAUUCUGAGCUGAGUUCAGUUGAUAGUGAUGCUUCGUCAACAAUAUAUAUGUCAUUUUAUAGUAAAUAAUGAAACAGGCUUCAUAUAUUUUCUUUAAUAAUAUUUGUUUCGUGUAGUACCGAUUUUCCCAGAUUUCCUAGGUUUUCCCGGUUUUCCCAUGUUUUAUCCCGGUUUUUCACAUUUGCUGGGACAACUCUUGUGAAAAUCAAAAAACGACUUCGCUAGUGAACAGUCUUUUAAGAAACACUGCUAUUAUUAAAAAUCGGAGCUAAAUUGCUAGUAUAAAAGUUGUGCACGGAAAUGAAGAAAGCCGUAAUAUAUUUUAACUCAUACCCACAUUUCUUAUAUUUUCCUGUUAUUGUUUUCAGUUUUUCGCAUUUAAUGACAAAACUCUUUAGAAAAUUGAAAAGUGAUCUCCUUAAAGUACCUCCUCACAGCAAUUUCCUUUCAGAAAAGGUUAUACACCACGUAGAAAUCCGAGCAAGUCUUCAGAAAAAAUGCACUCUUUGUAAAACUAUAAGCUUCUCCGCUCUACUCAGAAUCUAAAAUAGUUAAAUAAAUUAUUAUUUUAGAAAAAUAGCUAAAUACAGUUUACAGAAAAUUAUUUGCGAUAUUGUUAUUGUUAAUAUUUAAACUUGAACGCUUUUAUAGAAAUAAUAUAGAAAUUAUUAGAAUAUUAAAUGUCAGAUACAAUAAUAUUAGUAGAACGUAAAACAAAAUAAUUAAAUAACAUCAUACAAUAUUUGUAGAAGGCAGACAAAUUUUUGAAUAUGUUGCUACAUAAACAUUUGGAUUUGUUUCAUAAACGAAAUUUCUUUUUCGGUUCAAAUUUGAUAUACGCGCGAAUUAUGAAUAUUUUUAAAUUAAAGCAAACGGACAUUAGGAAAUUUGGCGGUGAAUUUUCGCAAAGUUUUAAUAAAACAGAAAUACAUAGCUCUGAUUACUUAAUUACUUGAUUACUUGAUUUCCCUGACGUAUAAAAAUAUUCACACUUUGCCUUUAAUUAAGAUUCAGAUUUUUUCCACCCACUAAAAAAUGUUUCCCACAGUAAAAAUAUAUACAAGACUAUUUCGUUUAGAUUCAAAUACAGAUUCGUAUACAGUAGAAUGGCUUUUGGUUUGAAUCGGAAAAAUUCUAAAAUCGUUCGAUAUUACAAAUUCAAUACACUGUACGCACACUUUCUUAACAGGGCGUGGGUCAGUAAAUUAUUCCGUAACUUACUUUUUCCGUUUGGGACCGUUUGGGUCCCAAAUCGUAUACAUCACUACUCGGGGGAUUAUUUCCCCCUUACUAUACUAUAAAUAAACCAAUUACUGAAAGUUUUAAAUUAUCAGCUUGCACGGGAUGGGUUUUGUAUUUUAUUUAAAUAGGUUUUUUUUUUUUUCACAUACCGAAAGCAAAAUAUUUUUAAAUUUACUAAAUCAGUGACGGGUGCUUUUUCCUCCUCAUCACAAUAUAUAAGAGGAUUUGCAGAUAAUAUUUCAAUGCCAAGCAGUAGCGCCGAAAUAAGUUUUUAUAUUUGUGGCAAUAAACAGUAAUUUAUACCAACCUACCUACAUGAUAUUAAACCUAAGUUAUGGGGGAACAUAGCCCCCCGAACGAACUACCAAUUUCUUAAACUAUAAAAUAUUAUUUUCACAAAUUAUAUUAUUUACUGAAUAAUGUUUACAUUUUUGCAUCAUUUGCAUGUUUUAUGUGUAAAUACUUUAAAUAGGUAUUUAAAUUUUUAAUUAGCAUGCAAAUUAUUUAUAUAAUCAUUAGAAAUAUUUUGGUUUUACUAUGAUGUGUUUUUUUUUUUUUGUGUGUAUCAUCAAUACUUUUCUAUCAGAAAUUUUACUCCGAUGUUUACUUUUUAGAAGCAACACACUUUCCAAAAGGUAAUUUUGUCUAGUUAGUGCAUUAAACGUAAAAUUAGACGUCAAUUUUUGAUUUUCUUAGAGGUUUUCAUAAUAAUUGGGAAAAACCCGAAAGAAAAUUAUAGAUAAAACGGCAAAUAUUCACAACGCGGCUCGGCGUUACAAAUUUAAUUACUUUAAAUUUGUACACACGAUAUGUCGUACCAGAAAUAUUGCUUCAAUCGAAAAAUGACAAUAAAUCGAUUUUGUUCCUUUAACAUAUAACCAUUAACGAAAGUAAUUUUUUGAUAUCUAAAAUAUUUUUCAUAAUAAUUUAGAAAAACCAAAAAAGACAAAAAAUCAGAUUUUUUUCAAAUCACUGCGCGACGAUUUUAUUAUUUAAAAUUUGUACGACUUAUGUUUUCUACCAUAAAUGUUGGUCCAGUAAAAAAACGACAAGAAACCAUUUUUUUUUUUAAUUUUUAAUUUUAUUGGUAAAUUAAACAAUAGUUUGUCGAUUUUCCGUGAAAUUUUUUUAAUAAUUGAGUAAAACUGAAAAAAAGCGGAAAAAUUUACCAAAAUAAUGAUUUUAUAAUUUUCAAUUUAGUUUAUUUAUUUCGAUUCGUUUAACCCUAUUCGUAGAAACAUGAAAUUUAGACAAAAACUUAUAUUUAGCUUUUCUAGAAGUAGUAAAAUUUUCAAAUAUUUGAACCUAUUUUGAGCUAUUUAUAAACUUUAUAAUUUUGGGAUUAUUACGAAUGAAAAAGAAACUUUGCUUUUUUUUAAAAAUUGUUCUAAAAAAACCACUCAGCUAUGUACGUAAAGUUUUUAAAUAAAUGUUGUUCACCAUUGUGUAACAUUCUUGGAACGAUCUUAGGUAAUGUCAAUUGUGGUGUGUCAGAAGUAAAUUCUUCAUAAAAGUUACUCACAUCUUCUAGGGAAUUCCAAAUUUAUAUUUUUAUUUUUUUCAUAUUAGUAUAAUUUAUUAUGUAGAUCUAAUAUUAGGUUUCAAAACAGAUAUAUUUAAGACGCUUACAACGUUAGGUAUGAAUGGAGGUUGAACUUUACUCUGUAACAAAUCAUCCUAAACAACUUGUCCGAAAAAAGUUUCUAUUUUCAUAUCUUUUGCUUCUAUUUCACUCGAACCUAAUCUGUGUUUUAGAUUUUUACAUAAUAACUAUAUCCACAAAAAUAAUAAAAUAUAUUUUUUUUUUUCGUAAGUAUAUAGUUUAGGUACUCUAAUAUAAAUUAAAAAUAAAAUACUUUUCUAAUGAUCGCAAUCGCUUUUAACGAUAAAAAUUAGGAUAUUAAACUCCAUCGUUCACUAUAGAGUCAAAAACUUUUUGGUCAUCGCCGCCUGUGAGGGGGAAUUAUGUGAUACAAAUUUAUAUUAGUUACGGUGUUAUGUUACACAUCAAUAUCCAAGAUAUAUUUACCUCUCGGACAAACAUUUCAAAUAUUAGUACUCCUGAGGCCCACCAAUCUACAUUACGCGUAUACGAAGUUUCGGUAAGAAGAACUUCAGGAACUAUAAAUUCGGUAGUUUCACGAAAGGUUCCGGUCCGAUCGCCAAAUACCAAACCCUCUUUGUACAAUCCAAAAUCGAUUAUUUUGACGUACCCAUCAGUGUAAACUAACAAGUUGUGUAAUUUUAAGUAGCUAACAAAUAAUAAACGCACCAUAUUAAUAAAACGUCAAGUAUAAAAAUGAUAUUUAACAUUGUACUAACCGAUAAAUGAUACUGUUUCCAUGUAAAUAUUUUAUUCAUAAAUCAACACAAGCAUAGACACCUGCUCUUGAUUCUGUAAACGCCCCGUCAUUUAUGUGUGUAUUUAAAACACCACCAGCAGCAUAUUCCAUUACAAAACAAACAUGAGCCUGUAAACACUAAACCAAACAGUUUUAAAAUACAAAUAAAUAACUAAUUUUUUUACUACACUUACGUCUGUUUGAAAGCAGGCGAAUAAAUUUACUAAGAACGGGUGUCGUAUAUCAUUAGCCACUUCGAAUAUUUUUUUUUUCGGAUAUUAAUGUUUCCACAUCGCCUUCAGCAAUUAUAUUCCCUUUUUUCGGUGUUUUUAUGGCGAAAUAUUCACUUGAUUUUCCAAGUUAACAUAAUAUUACCUAAUGUGAAUGGAAAGCAAAUGAAACACAAAUUGCUUAUUUGUAACCCAAUUAUUUUUGCCUUCCAAAACCGCCUCAUCCCAAUAAGCGCAGAAUUCUGAAAUCGUUCAUAGACAUUUGUUGAGUGUAGUGUAGAAUUUAUCUUUUUUGGGCGUGGUAACAUUUUCAAAACAAUUUUUCCAUUUUUAAGCUGUUUAUAGACAUUUUAAUUUUGCAAGUUUUUUACGUAAUUUUUAUUUUGUAGAUACUUUGUAGAUAAAAUUGUUUAACCAAACGAAAAUGCUUAAAAAUUUAAUAGGAGAUUCAUUAUAAAAUAAUAUUUUAAUGCAUUUUUUUUUUUAUAAGUAUUUUAAUAUCAAAUUUUGACGAAAAUCGUAAAUAUUACCCACGGUCUUUCAAAACAUGUAUAAAUGAACUCUGCUCAGAAUCGUUAGCAAUGAUUAAUCUUUGCGCACAGAUAUAUUAAAUUCGCUUUUUUAUCCCAUCAUCCCAACUUCUCACCUACAACAGUGCCAAUAUUGUGAAGUAUGUCCGUCAUUUUCAACAUAAAUAUAUGCUCAUUGUAUUUCGUUUGAUCAGCGUAAUAUUUUUUAUCUUUUAAAUGUAUAAAAAAUUAUAUUAUUUUUUUACCACAAUCUGUAAUCUCAGAUACAACGAAAAAUAUUUAAAUAAUAACAUUACUAUCGUGUAUAUGUUUUCACUCUGUAUAGCUUGCCUACAACACCGUGAACUAUCUGUAGCCGCUGUAGUAGAUUUAUAAAUGUAUUAUUAUUACUAUUGUACUAUUGGUUAUUUAUCAUAAAACUAUUAAUUAAACAGUAAUAGUUAUAGUUAAAUACUUAUCUGCUUCUACUAAUGCAAUUGUACAGUAUCUACACGCUACUGCAGUCUAGGGAUAGACUAGUUUGCGUUAUUUGUAAUACAAAGUCUACUGCUCCUCGUAUUAAUUGUAAAAAUUACAAUGUUUUAUAAUAAACUGUCAAUGCUAGAGGGUAUACUCACCCCUUAAAUUAGGUUCAGCACCACUGAUUCUAAGUGUAUUAUCCGUAUUAAGAAAUAUAAAAUUAUUAUUUGUUAUUUUGCCAAGGAAUAUAAAUUGAUCGUUUCAAAUCUAUUGUUCAUUGUACGCGUCUGUCUAAUACAGUGCUAAUCGCCAGUAACGAUUAAUUGUUAAUGUUUUCAUUUCAACGAUUUUAUUUCGUAACGUCAAAAAAUACCAUAAACUUAUUAUAUCAUUACGUACUUAUUACUUUCCGGUCAAUAUUUUAAACUUAUAUAACUGUGUACAGAAAAAAAAAAUCACUAAUCAGUACGGGUUAUUUCAGAAAUUUUUCGAGGGAGGGUUGGGAAGGGAGAAGAGUGCAGAGCUAGAAUAAAUACGAUACGUGAGAAAAAAAAAAUACCGAAAAUUGCACAAGUAUUUCUGAAAAUGUCGGUGCACAUAAUUAUUAUCGAUUAUUGAGCCGAAAGUUUAUUAUUUAUUGCAGUAUAUGCGUUCAAAUUCACGAUAGUGCAUAAGAGGAUCCGGGGUAGUGCUGUCUUAUAUCAUUAUAAAAAUUGUUCUUUCUACUGCCGUAUAAUCACUCCGCACAUAUAAACACCUUACGAAAAAUGUGCAACGUUAAAAAACAUGUAACGGUGAGUUAACUAUAUUAUCGGCACGUAAACGUUUUCAAAAAAAAAUAAAUAACACUUCGGAAAUUGCAUGGUUAAAUUAUACUGCAAUAGUCAGUGAAAACUAAAAAAAAAAAAAAACCCUGCAAUAUUCAGAUUUCAUUAACAGUGCGGUCCUGGAGGUACUGGAUAUUUAUUUUUGCAAAAAGAAAAAAAAAACAGUUUUUAAAUUAAAACUAAAAUCCGGGGUUUCUUUUUGUUUUACACAUUAUUUUUUGUACGUAUCAUAAUAUUAUAAAAAAAUAGUGAAUAACAAAUAUAAAUUGAUCUAAGUUUAAGAACAAAAUAACAAUAAAUUGUAAAAAUAUGUUAUAGUUCUUUGUCCGAAAGUAAUAGAAAUUAAUGGUAUUAAUUUAUGUUUGUUCAGAUCCUCGUAAAACCUGGUGCCGUCACAGUACGUUAAAGUAAAUCGGUGAAAUAAAUAUCAUAAAUAUCUUCUACCUAUUGAACUAACAAAUAUUUUACCACCAGAAAAUAUCGGAAAAACUAUUAUUUUUUUUUUUUUUUUAUAUGUACUUUAGUCGUUGAAUUUUGCUCACGUUUUUUUUUUUCUCUCGGUGUAGUAUUUUAUUAUUAUUAUUAUUUUUUUUUUUAAACAUGUCUCGGUGUCUCUCACGGGACUCGCCGUCAUCAAUAUUCAUGAGAACCGGGUCAUUCUGUCACCCCUCGGCCCUCGUCAACUUAAACGUCGUCGUCAUCGUCGUCGUCCUACAUCACAAACGUAUUUAUUCGCCUAUUGAUCUCGUCUGAAAUGUUUUUUUCCCCUUUUUUCCACCCCUUGAAUAUUAAAAACGCAUAAUACGCGCGUACAGUAUAUCUUUGUAUCUAUAUUAUAUAUAUUAGCACAAAAGCACACGUUUGUCGUCUUCAUUAUAUUCCCGGGUACGAUGCUUUUACAGGGCACCAAAGUGUUCGAUCAUCGUCGAGCUCGUUGUGAUAAUAUUAUUUUAAGUAUAGAAAGUAAAAAAAAAAUGUCAUCGCAUAAAAAAAAAUAACACUCGAUAAAGGCGUAUGAAUAUAAUUCUUUUGAAUGCGUUUUUCUUCUUAUGCGGUAUGGCGUGAAACGAUACAUUUUUGUCACAUAUGCCGAUCACUUUAGACGUUUUCGAUCGAUUUGUUUACCAUUGGCCGACGGGUGAACGUAACCAACACCUUGACGAUCAACCAAAAGACGACCAUGUAAGCCUGCAACACUGCGGCUACCUAGAAAUAUAAAUCCAUUCCGAUCUGGAGAUAGUAGUCGUCAUUUAGAUCUGUCGGGUGCUCCGGCUAAUGGUCUACCGGUGGUCCGCCCGGGUACCAGAUUGCCACGGACAUGCCCCACAGGGCUGGAUACCAACGGUCAGUAGCGAUCCCGGGCGUUACUAACGGCUGAACCGUGGUAUUCACGGUCAGAGCCGUGUCAGCCUCCGAAUCUGGCGAGCCCCGUUGGCCCGCCGUCAGUUUCGCACAACUUCGGACGUUCGGCGUUCGUGUUCGAAACAUGACUAUACGGCACAACGUUAAGUUAGGAUAGGUUAGAUUAGGUUCCCAUCCUAAGAUUGAUAAGAGCGUACCACACCGCCUCCACGAGCCAGGAUCCGGACGAGAGCUCCCGACGAGGAACGGCUGUCCCAGAGUAUCAGUUCUACCAGUGUAUCUGUCCUCAGUUAAGAAAGAGAAGCUGGUGGUGAAGCUGCAUCUCUGGCAGGAUUGCCUUUGGCAGUGUAGGUGUCUGGAGUAGGCAAAGGAGAGAAGCGAGGUCCGGGGGUUCUUCGAUAGUCGAGAUCUGCGGCUAGAAGAUACUCUAGAUCUGUCGUGUGGCCCUGACAGGUUCCAUAACGACUUCGUCAGACUGUUGGCUGUGGCAAAUCGGGGACGGGACACCUUCCUCACCAUGGUCGAGUCGAUAAUGGUGAGUAACGAAGAAGACGAGAGGGCAAAGCAAGCCCCAGAGCAGAUGGCUAGACGUCGGCGGCGUCCUGCUUGAUAGGUUUAUGUCGCCUUCUGAAAGGCGGCUCCGUUUAAGAGUGUAGACCGAAACCGAACCGGGAGAAGCAAUGCUACCGGGAUUCCCACCGGUUCGGCGUAGUUUACUGUAAGGCACAAAAAGAUAAGGCUUGGUUAGGUUCGGUUAAGUUCGACACGAUCAUAAGUAUACGAGUUAUUUAAGAGCCAUCGUUUAGGAACCUAAUCAUUUCGUUGUAUAAUUCGUAGGUAUCGGCAUAAAUACAUGUAACAUUUAAUUUAUUUCCUAUUGGUCUAAUAAUAUACACGGAAACUUUAUACGUCGGCUAUAAAAAUUUGUUUCAUUAAGUAACAUACGUAUAGAUUAAAACAUUAAAUUUGUUUUCUCGCUUCUUUAGCAAUUCAAUCGGUUUUUUUUUUUUCUAGUAAUUCAUUUUUUUUAACUUAACCGGCCAAUAAAUAUUGGGGACGAAUAUUUGUAUGCGGUUUCCGGGACGAAAAUACAAAAUACAUUGACGAUUCGGUAAAGGUCUAUGACGUGUCGUUCCAGUCCAAUCGCUAUUGUACUUGGGUACCGACUGACUUUUGCGUUUCGCUAGACCGCGAAUGAUUAUGGAUUCAAAACAAUAUAAUAAAAUAAUAUAUUUACGAAUCGCGUAUAUGCGAAAUAUAUAUCGAAAAAAGUUUUCUAUUAGAGAUCGUGUCCGGAGAGUUGCAAAAAAAAAAAAAAAAAAUAGAAAUAAAAACUCGGCCAUUGAACACGGAGAUUACGACAGUUUCAUUGUUUUUUAGUUUUUUUUUUUUUUUUUAUACAUAUAUAUUAAAUAGCGCCGGAGUUUUUAAACUCGGGUAUUAUUAUAAUAUUUUUAUUUGAAUUAUAAUUUAUAUAUUCGAGUUUCAUAUUGCGCUUAGUUGGAAAACCGUUGCACGUUGCGUAUUGAUCUAAAAAUACGAACUCGCAUUAUUAUACUCGGUUAUGGUUUCAGUGCCGCCACAGAUGAUAAUAUUACGCAAACUUAUUAUUUUUGUUCAUCAUUAACUGUUGGAUUUUUAUUUGAAAUUAAAAAAAAAAAAAAAUAAAAUGAAUCCACUAGGGGAUAUAAUUUUCGGGCUAUAUAGCUCGAUCGUCGAUGAGUUAACAUGGUAUCGGUUAAAAAUAUUAUUAUUUGUGUAAGCAAUAUAAUUACUGCGGGUUUGAAAAAAAAAUUGUUACGAGACGAGGUCAAAAAAUAAAAUGUUCGAUUUUAUGCAUUUUAAUAUCAAAUUUGACGAAAAUCGUAAAUAUUUCUACAUUUUAAAACAUUUUUUAUCGAAUUUCACUUAGAAUCGUUUUUCGUUAGCAAUGUUUAAUCAUCGCGUACAGAUAAACAUUAGAUUUUAAGUUUUACACAGUUUUUUUAAUUUCCCUUUGUUUAUCUGCCUAUCUAUCUACUUAUCUUGGUAUCUAUGUCCCUCAAUUUUCUACUUCUCCAUCUAUCUAUAUUAGAGGCGUUUGAUGGUUUAAAAUCCUAAAAUUAUAACGGUACUGGAAUAUUAUCGUUUGGACGUCAUAAUAUUAUUAUUGUUGCAUAACAGUCAUAUAAGUACAGUAUGUUAUUAAAUAUCGUAAUAAAUCCUAUUUCUAAACGAGUUUAGUCUUAAUAAAUUAUGGCUUCGAAUUACGCAUCGGUCUGCGAGUAAAUAUAUUAAAUCCGGGUCACGUUUACAUAAUAUUAAUUCUAAAAACGGUCGGAUUAUUGAAAAAUUCAUUAAUUUAUUCGUUUGUUGUUAGCCAAUACUGAUAAAUAUGAAUACUAAAAUAAUAUGCUAAUAAUAAUAAUACUAAAGUAAUAAUACUAAAAAAAAUACGAAGAUAAGAAUCUUGAAUCGAUAACGGGAAACACUAAGACUGGGCUAGUUAAUGAAUAAUUUUAAGUCAAUUAAGUAAAUUGAAUAUAAUUUAGAAAGUUAAGUUUUAAAGUUACAAGGUUAUUAUUAUAUUUAUUAAUUUAGGUUUAGACUUUUUAUAUUAAUAGAUAUCUAAUAUAUGUAAAUCAAUAGUUAGGUAAACAGAAUUCCCAUGAUUUGAAAAACAAUUAAUCGAAUCUUUCAAUAACCUAUGUAUAAACGCUCAGUGGUAAUAAUACGUGUAAACCCAGCUCAUUUUAUUUGCACAAAAUUUACUCCGAGGUGAUUUUUUUCAGAAAAUGUUUAUUAUGAAAGUUAAAAAAGUUUUAUUUUUCAUUUUCAUGAUCACGAUUAGUGAAAAUCAUUCAAAACGAUCACAACAUACCGACAUUAAAAUCAGAGGCAUUUCCGACAAAUGGUACACUUAUUUAUUUGAAAUAUGUUUAUAAAUUCCCAUUAAUUUUUCAAAAUAAAAAAAGACGUCCUAGGAUAAUGGGGACAGUUGCAGCCACUGUUAUAGAUAAUUUAAUGUAUACCUGUUGUAAGCAACAAUAACCCACUGCUUACGAAAAAACGAUUCUGAGCGGAGUUCAGUUGUUAGUAAUGCAUUGUCAACAAUAUUUAUGUCAUUUUGUAGUAAAAUAAUUAAAUAGGCUUCAUAUAUUUUCUUUAAUAAUAUUUGUUAAUGUUAUACCGAUUUUCCCAGUUUUUCUACGUUUUUCCCAUGGUUUAUCUCGAUUUUUUACAUUUGCUGGGAAAACUCUUGAGAAAAAUGACCUCAAAGUACCUCUCCAUGCUGUUUUCUUUCAGAAAAGAUGCUACACGUAGAAAACCGAACAAGUAUUCCGGCACAAAAUUUGCACACAGAAAAAAAAAUAAAUAUCAUUGUAAAACUAUAAGCUUCUUAGUUCCACUCAGAAUCUAAAAAAUGGUCCUCAACAGUCACCAAUACAAAAUGCGAAUAAUUCAUUAAGAGAGGGGAAAAAGUGGACAAAGCACAAACGCACGCUCCAAACUUAAAAUAGGGGUCAUCAAACAUAUUAACUAACAAAAAGUCAACAAAAAUUAAAUGAUACGACACCAGUGGGCUUAAAUAAAAUCUAAAAAUAAACAUUUCAUUAUAGCAACUAUGCGGAAAAUUGGAAUUUUCAACAUGGACGUAAUCGUCGAUAUCAUUUUAGUUAUUACGUUUCUGCCAGUAAAUUAAUAAACUUUUACUUGAUAGCUUUCACAAGGUCUUGUAAUCGUUUUUUUUUUAUCAAUGAUUUCGAUUUCCCGUCGUAGUAGAGUUGAGGCAACAUUUCGGUGUGUAAAUAUCUACCAAUCGUGUCCACGAUCAUUAUCGUUGUGCAUUUCCUGCAGGCCAACGGACGGAUUUUAGUGAUGAGUUUUUUCAUCAAAUUGAAAUACGCUAGAAACGUUUCACUGUCGUCCGGUAUUUUUGUCGGAACCAGCGAUCCGACUAACAUUCUGCACUAAAGUUCGAUCAGUUCGAUGUCGAUCCAUUAUUCCCGAUUUAGUAUACUUGGUUUUGCCAAAAUUUGCAGCGUCUUGUUCGAUGCUUACUUCGGUGAACAGGGGCGUACUUAAAAGGGAAUUUAUAUUUUGUUAUUGGUUUCUAGAAUAAUUUUAUAUUUAUGUAACAUAAUAACAAUUUAUCAUUUUUUAAAUUUAAAUUUGUCAUUUCUUUAUUCGAUAUAUACAUCAAAAUAACGAAUGUAAAAAUGUUCGUUAUCACAUUCUCAUAAUAUUUUUUCAACAUUUUCUUGAAAUCGUAAACAGUUUAUAGCAGUUUUUGUUGAAGUUUCACAAUUCACUAGAGAAUGUCCUAAAAGCCAUGCAAUUUUAAAAAUUAAAGUUAAAAAACACUGUCCAGAUUUUAAAUCAGAUAUCGUAUUAUUACUACUCGUAUUAUUAAAAAACCGCGCACAAAUAGACGGAUCGAACAUCACCAAGCUUUUAUAAAAAUUAAUCAAAUAUUUCAUGCAAUUAUUUAAUUUUUAGAAUAUUUAGAAUUGUAUACGUUUAGAACAUUUAGAACAUUAUUUUGAACCGGUAAAUAUGAGUCAUAAAUAUGCAUAAUUUGAAUUUUUUGCCGGCGAAUAUUAAGUCGGCAGCACAUAAUAAUAAUGAUGUCGUGACAAAAUGUGUACAUGUCAUAUUUUACAAAAAUUGUAAAGAUAUAUAUUUUUGUAUAAGACAAAUAUGCUAUUUAAAAUGCAAUAAGUGGAACUAGCGCCAAGUUGAUAAAAUAAAUUAAUAAAUUAAAUAUUGUUAAUUAAAAGAACAAAAGGCUGAUAUUUCUGAUUGAUGUUCCGCUAUUUUUGGAGGAAAGUUGGAAGGGUGGAUAUGUUAAAGUAAAUUUAAUUUAUAUCUGUACACAACGGUAUACCAUGGAUAACGGAAAACGGUUUGGAAAAAAUUAUUAUUAGUAAUAUUAUUAGUCGUAGGUUUUCCAUUUUUUGACAAGGUAAAACAGCACUCGACACAAAUUAAUCAAAAAAUUACCAAUUUCCCCAUUUAUUAAGAAAACUACAAGGGGAAUUAAAAAAUAAUCGCCACCAUACAUCAAUAAAACCAAAAAUACUAUGAGAAAGGUUUUAUACAUUUUUUUUUUAUUGAACUAAGGUUUUAGUUAAAAUAUUUUUUCAAAAAAAAAAAAAAAAAAAAUGAAAUACAUCAUUACAAAGCCUCCUCAUUACUCCUCGCUUCUCUCAGUAUCUACAAAAGUACCACGAAAAAAAUUGUGCUUUUAACCACUUGUCGUUCCCCAUAAUUAACGGUGCAUUUGUAUUCUCUCUUAUUUUGAAUAGAGACCGUGAUCUGGUGAUGAGGAAGUAAUUGCAAAAAAACACGAAAAUUCGCUUGAAUUUAUUGACGCUGUAGAACUCACACAAACCAAAGGCAUAUUUAUGGGGAGGAGAUAAAGAGUUCGCAGCCCUAAAACAUAUGAGUUAAACAUAGUUUUAAACAAAAGUAUGGUGAGUUCUGGAGUCUUCGAAUGGUAUUUAUGGAAAAAAAUCUGUUAGCUCCCUCUCUUCUAGAAAAAAUCUUUAGAAAUAUUUAUAUUAUAUUUUUAAUUUUACGACUUCGAGAGCUAUUUAAAUUACUUGCACAGUCUCUAUAAUAUUAUUAUAUAAAAAAUGUUAUUUUGAAAAACGUUAUUUUCUGAAUUAAAAGUCGAUGAUGGACAAAAAAAUACAAAUUACCUUUUAUAAAAUUACGCUCUAAAUAUAAUCAAAAUAAUCGAGUUAAUAUUUAACCGGCAAUAUUUUCAUUCUACUCCGUAUUUAGCAUAAAAUAAUUAAUAAUAUUCUGAAAUUACGACUAUUUUUUUAUUUUUGGAGGGUGGGGAGAUGGAUUCUAUUGACUUUUUUGCAUUAUUCAUUAGUUUCUCGAAACUCAAUAUUCAACUAAAAUAUUGUUAUAAUGAUUGAUGAUGAAGCGAAUAACGCGCAAGACAAAACAAAAUCCAUUAUUAAUAAUAUUUUACAUUAUGACUUAUUAUAAGCAUUAAGCGCUAAAAUUUGAAUAGCGUUAAAAAAAUGAUUUAUUAAUCAUAAACGAAUAUUACAUUCAUAAUUUUAGGUUCUCAGAAAAACAGUAAAGAAUAAGCUAUUAUUUUUACUAAUAUGUGUUCACGGGAAAAAGUUUUUCGGUUACUUGACAAGUGCUUCGAUUUUUUCACACAAUACUUUAAAAGAUGCACAUUUUAUUUUAAAAUAUUUUCGAAAUUCCCAACUUUUACUAAAAUAUAUAUUUUUUUUUAAAUAAUCACAACGAACGACAAUCCAUCGGUUUUGUUUUUGUCAAUUUCUGGAUUACCUUUUGGCUACACACAGGAGAAAACACAACGGCACCAACUUAGGCUCCAAGUUACUGAGCUCAGCUUAGAAUGAUUUUUCGAUCUCAAUGCUUCACCGAAAUUUAGAAAUUUCAUGGAUCAUGUGGUUCCUUAACCCUCCGCAAAAUUUCUUACGUCAUGCAAAUUAAUUCCUCAAGUUUUACGAUUUAUAAUAUAUUAUGUCCUCUCCUCCCCAAAAACAUCUUGUGUGCAUCACUGUGGUCGGAUUUUUGUUAAUUUUACUUUAAUAAUCAUAUAUAUUAAUUUUAUUUUUUUUUAGGUCGAUUUGAGACAUGCCAGUGAAAUCAAUGGUUCGCGGGUCGUGGACGUCGGCGUUGAUUUAUCCGAAUUUUAUGCGUCCGUCGAAUGGGAUAUUUUAGAGGUUCCGGCAAUAAGGUAUGAGCCUUUUGAAAAUUAUAUAUUCAUCACGGUCGGCGUUCAUUAGCAUAAUUUCAUUAUGUUAUACCUACCCUCUAUUUUGCAUAUUAUCAUUAUAAAUUAAAAUAAUAUUAACGGAGUUAUUGUAACUGCUAGUGAUGUCUAUACGACAUUGUUUUUGUAUGUGUACCUUUGUUAACCAUACUUUAUUAGACUUUUGACAAUUUAAGUUCAUCACCGUUACGCGAUGUGUUCCCCUACGAUGAAUUAUUAAUUCCAAAAUUAUAAUAUUAAAAAAUAAGACAGGUAGGUAUACUACCUACCGUUCGGGUAGCGUAUUUACAGACUUCGAGUUUGGCUCAAUUUGAAACAUACCCGGUACCUAACCAAGUUUGUUUAGUAGACGUUUUAGGAGAUUUUUAAGAGUUUCACAAAAAUCAACCUACUUGUUGUUCUAAACCUAAAACUAUUCCAAGGAAGUGUUAGUUUAAUAGUGACCUAAAUGUGAACCUAAGAAAUCUAGGUUCCAGUCAAUGAAAAAUAACGAUUGUUCGCUUGUUUACAUAUGUGACUUGGACUGAAUUUAGAUAGGGUCUGUAAACACACGUCCAGGUAAUGGUGUACAAAUAUUAUUCAAAUUUUUUCCUUGAGAAUUAAUCAAUUAUAAAUGUAAAACAAAUAAUAUGGUGAUUACUUAUUUUACAAUCAAGUAUUAUUGAUUUAUUUUUAUUUGAAUAACGCAGUAAUAGGAGAAAAUAGGAGAGGGCGUCGAUAAAUAAAACAGUACGUAUUAGGUGCUUUUUUUUUGAAGAUAACCGAGGCAAUUCUGUUACUGUGAAUAAUGAACGUUAUCGAGGCAUGAUAAACAACAUUUUUGUGGCCAGUUCUGCAAGAACUUGAAAUGGAAGAAAUUAAUAUUGAUCAACUAAGGUUUCAAGAGCAUAAUGGACGGAGCAACCUGCCACACAGUCCGAGAGACCAUAACUUAACUGCGUGAGAAAUUCCAUGACCGUUUGAUUUUACUUCGCAGCAAACAUUUAGCCACCUAAAUCAUGUGAUCUAACUCCUUUGGACUUUUUUUAUGGGAAUAAGUCAAGUCAUAAGUUAAUGUAAACAAACCAUGUAUACUAGUAUACUGGUAUUGUCUCGACCGCUGACAAAACGCUACUGAUAAUUUGUCAUCAGAGAUAGCGUAUAUAUGUAUUGAGGAUAAAAAAAAACCCCUGAUCAAACACCACACAAGGAAAAAACUCCUGGCGUAGGAAAAAAACCCAGGAAAAGAAUGCAUUUACUAGUACCUUAAAACAAUUUUUUUUUAAUUAAAAAAGAAAGCAUGGAAAAAACCCCAUUGUAAAUUAAUGUAAUGAAAACAUAAAAAAUUGUAUUUUUAAAUAAUAAUUUUUUAAUUUUAUUUGUAAAUUUAAGUCAUUGGUACAGGUAUUAUUUUUUAAUAAAAAUAACUUUAAAAUAAAAAGACGUAAUUUCAUGAAUAAUAGCUUGAUUACAACAUAAUAUUUGUUAUUUUAUAUACGCGGUUCAAUUACUCGAAGUUUAAAACAUUUUAAGUAUAAAUCUUCUUCUCUAUAUUUUAUUUGUUAUUAUACAUUUUUUUUACCACAAAAAAAAUAAUAUGUAAUAAAUAUUUAAAUUUGUGUUUUUAAUAUUUUUUUGUCUUGGCUUUUUUUUCCUUCGUCAGAGCUUUUUUUUCCUGCGUCAGAGCUUUUAUUUCUAGUAUGUAUUGUGGUCCGGGACUUUUUUUCCUAAUACAAUUUGCAUGGCUGGUUUGACGGCGGCGCGUCACGGAAGUAAAAGAAUGUAGUGGCAUCAGAGCGUGUGACACUAUUUAGUGUUUACAUAUUUAUAAUAAAAACGAUUGUACUUAUGGCAUAAAAGAAAAAAAAUUACUUCGCACGGGGGGGCAACCACUGCUAUAGGUGAGAAGUUGGGAAGAUAGUAGAGGGAAUUUAAUGUAGGUAUAUCUGUGAGCAACGAUAAACCAUUGCUAACGAAAAAAAAGAUUCUGAGCGAAGUUCAGUUGAUAGUGUAGUUGCUUUGUCAACAAUAUAACAAUGUGCAAUAUUAUAUUAAAUUAAUUAAAUAGACAUUAAAUAUUUUCUUUAAUAAUAUUUGUCUAAUAUUGUACCUAUUUUCCCGUUUUUCCUACAGUUUUCUCAUGUUUUUUUUCCAGUUUUACACAUUUGAUGAGAAAAUCAAAAAAACACCACCUCCCCAAUCCAAUUUCCUUUCAGGAAACCCUCUACACUUAGAAAUCGCAGUAAGAUAUCUGGUAGAAAAAUUGUGCACAGAUGAAAAAUAUAAACAUUUUCGAAAAACCAUAAGCUUCUUUGAUCCAUUCAGAAUCUAAAAAAAAAGUUAGGUUAUGACGAUAUGUUUAUUACGAGCACAAAAACCGUUUUGGUAUCUAUGUUUUUUGAAUUUAUUCUUCAACGAAAAUUACGUGUUUUUUCCUUAUUAUCACGUAACAAGCCUGUGCUGCCUAAGUGAUACCUACCCUCUACACGAAUUUUGUCAAUAAGUCUAAACAAGUAAAAAGUAUCAGAGUACAGAAUACGAGUUUACGAGUGUAAUUUAAAAAAAAAAAAAGUAAAUUUUAACUCAAGUGAUCAUUUUUUUGAAAAUUUAACUCUGAGCUUAAUUCAUUUUUCAAAUAACUUAAAUCGGUUAUUAAAAAUUGAUUAACUUGCGGAGCUUUACCAGAAAUACUAUAAAUAAAAAUAAAUAAACACGGCUUAUAAUGCUUUAUGAGCGUAUAAUAUUGUGACACACGAAUCCGAUUGGACGUUUAUGGAGUUGAAUCAACGAACACCGAACGCAAAUGUUGAAACAAUAAUAUUGUUUACACGUAUAAAGCACAAAAUAAUAUCAAUUUUAGUCGCACUGCUGUAACGUUAUAUUUAAUAUUAAAUAACAGCGUAAAUAAUAAUAGGCCCUCGUAUUACAAACGGCAGUCUGUAUCAUACUUCGGAAAUCCAUUACAAUAUCACGUCCGUAACACGGUAAUGCGUUUUCACGUUCUGAUUUCCACAGCCAUUUCGAGGCUUGCCGUGCAGCGCAUUAUUAAUUUCUCUCGGCGUACUACCGUCAGUGUAUUAUAAUAAAGCCAACGUUUAAUACGCGUAUACGUUCUGAACGUCAAAACUGAUUAAUCGAACGGGGCAGUCCUGCCCCGGCCGAUUAUGAACAGUUUCUGUUUACAUAGACACGUACAAUACAUAGUACGUACCAUUGUAACCUAUUGUAUAAAUGUUAUAUUUUACAGGAACGAGAAAUUUUACACUUGCUGUGAAGAACCGUACUUGGAUAUCACGUUCAACAUCACCAUGCGACGAAAAACGCUGUUCUACACGGUAAACCUGAUUAUACCGUGUAUGGGCAUAUCGUUUCUAACGAUACUCGUGUUUUACCUCCCGUCGGAUAGUAACGAAAAGGUAAGUCGCCCGUCGUCGGGUCUUACACGCAUAUUAGGUUCCGUGAUAUGUAAAAAUAUUUUUUUAUUUUUUUUUUUAUCACAGGUUAGUUUAAGUAUUUCGAUUCUUCUAUCGUUGACCGUGUUCUUCCUGUUGCUAGCCGAGAUCAUUCCACCCACGUCGUUGGUUGUCCCGCUUUUGGGCAAGUUCGUACUGUUCACGAUGAUUCUCGACACGCUCAGGUAUAACCGCCGUGCAUACCUAACCGCCUUGCCGUCGUCAUGUAUUACUAAAUACUAGAUCUGUGUGAAUGUAAUCGUCGAUUGAAUAUACAUUGUGUAUUUAAUCGAUGAUAUAAUGCACCGAAAAACCUUUUGAAAAAAAACAUAUAAUUUCCAAAAAAGUAAUUGAUACUUAAAAAAAAACACCCGCGACCACUGAGCAGCGUAUAUAUUGCUUUCGUGUCAAGGAUGUUCCUUUAGAGAUUUCAACUUUCAACCUACGCUCUUACUACUGAAUACUGAAUUUUACCAUUUGUUUGUAUUAGGAUUUAUAGGUUGUAAUGCAGUACCUAGUAUAUUAGUAUACAAUUGUAAUAUUAUAGUAUUCGGUUAUUUAUUGUUUUACAAAAAAUAUUUACAAAACACAAAAUAGUUAAGAGGAAAAUUCGACUCUACUGAUUUAUUUAUAAUGGUCUAAUAGAAUUUUCCCUGCUGUUCAUAAGUGGUUUUUUUUAGUUGCGGUAUUGCUUUUUUGGGAAUUUAAAUACCAUUUAAAAGGUUUUUAGUACAUUAAAUUCACAGCCCUGCUGAAAUUACCAAAUUUUCAUUUUUUUCAGCAUAUGCGUGACGGUGGUAGUGCUGAAUGUUCAUUUCCGAUCGCCCACCACGCACGUAAUGUCACCUUGGGUCCGCCGCGUGUUCAUUCAUAUUCUGCCGAGAAUGUUGAUCAUGCGUAGACCUCACUAUCAGAUGGAGAGAAAGAGGUAUUACCGCUGCACUACACUAUUGUUGUUGCUGCAAUAAUUAAUAUGAUUAUGUAUUACAUACGAUUACAUUGUGCCAUAUAUUAUUUAGUUUGAUGGGAACUUGUCAUCGAAUCAUGGUGAGAACGUGUAACGGACUGGAACUCAGAGAUCAAGAUUCUGCCGACGGAUUACUCCAGGCCAGGUAAGUUCUACCUAAAUCAGUUCAUUAAGAGAAUGAAGUCAAACCCCUCUUAAUUCGAUUUUAAAAAUUGUUUUUCGCCAAACACCUCAACACUUUCCGUAUUUAUAGUAUAAAUACCACAUUUUUGUAACACAUUUAAAGGAGAACUUAAUCUGUGUUACAGCAUGCUUGGUUUUAUUUGACAGCACUUUCCAAUAAUUUAUUAUAACUUUAUAAGUAAAUGAAAAAAGCAUCGAAAGUUAGCAAAUACAUAUCUUAUAUAUAAAAUUCUUCGGUUAGUGUUGGUUAUUGAAAUCCUCCGAAACGGCUUGACCAAUUUUCAUGAAAUUGUUUGUGUAUAUUUGGUAGGUUUGAGAAUAAGUAGUAAAGUAUUUUUCACCCUGCUACCCUCGCCCACUAUUUUUUAGUCGCGAUUUUAGUAAUUUCGCUUAUAUAUAUAUACACACGAGCAAACACUAAAUAAUUUAGCUUAUCAUGUUAUAAAUACAAUUUUUUUUUGUUGAUUUGUGUUACCUCGGUAACAGGGAUGAAAAAAAAUGGUGAUUAAUUAUUUCUAGAAAUUAGUCGGAAAAUACCAUGUGAUCAUCAAAAUCGGUCCAGCCGUUCUUGAUUUAUAAAUGGUGUUAACUAACCAGACUUUGUUUUAUUUACAUAAGAUUUUUGUUAAUUCAAGGGUUGCCACGGAAAAGAAAACUAUUAUAAUUAUUAUUAUUUCUAUUAUUUACAUUAUUCAAGUUUCAUAAUAGAACACAUUCAGUCCGCCGAACGUGGACUAUCCGCUUUCCACCUAUUUAUUUUCAUUCAAUUCUAACACGGCCAAAACCAAAAACGAAUAUGGGUAAAAUAAUAUUAAUACAAAUUGGCACGGGCAACGCCGGGCGCGGGACAGCUAUUAUAUAUACAACUUUAGUUGUUAGUUAACUAAAGUUCUUCACUGUAUGUUCUGGUGUAUAACUCUACGGCUCCACUAUAAAUAAGGAAAAAGUCAAGCUGCCCCGCGCAAAGCGGUUUUUGAGAAACAUUUUAAUUUAUAAUAAUAGUGAUUAUAUCAAAAAAUGCUUGUAAUUACGGCGAGUGGCUAUUUAUAUACAUUAGACAGUAAAUAUGAAUAUUUUUGAGUUGAUAAAUAAUAAGUAGCCAUUAUUUUUUUUUUUUUUUUAAACUUCAAGAAGAUUGCCGACUGUACACAACCUGUUAAAUACAGGCGAUAUUAUGUCCUCUUAACGCCCAUUAUUUUAUUAUACAUAAUAUUACUAUGUUCGAUAUAUUUUUAAAUGUAUAUUAUAGGGAUUUGGAGAGCGGAGUUAUCGGCUGUUGCGAGAUACACGGACCGAUAAUAGCGUUGCCCAGCCCACCAGAAAUAAUAAAUCAAAACGUUCCGCUCCCUAAGGGUAAAAAACACUGGCAUGAUUGUCCGGAACUCCACAAAGCCGCCGAAGGAGCUGCCUUCAUAGCCGAUUACAUAAGAAAAGAAGAAGAAGAGAAAAAAGUAUUAGAAUAGCACCCCUGAUAUAAACCGCAGAAGUUAGUAGGUAUCAUUUUAAACGUCGUUGAUGUAUGUUUUUCUUUCUAUAGAUCAAAGAAGACUGGAAAUAUGUCGCGAUGGUGUUGGACAGGUUAUUCUUGUGGAUAUUCACGUUGGCCGUAACCAUGGGAUCAGCGGGCAUAAUUCUACAGGCUCCCACUCUAUACGAUAAUCGGCUGCCCAUAAACGUCAAACUAUCGGAAAUACUGCCGCACACGCCGACAGUUAAACCAAAUUACAACAACAUAAUGUAAACUACGAUACAAUAUUAUUAUAAUUGCUCAAUAUGGUCGAAACGUUGGAUAUAUUUUAGGCUGGUGAGAUCUAUAAUAAUGCCUGGCAUCCGAACGAACCCUGUCGGGCCUAUAUUUUCUACAUACCAAAGGGUGGAUCCAGAACUUAAUUUGGGGAGGGGGAGGCAAAAGUGCAAAUAUAGUGCUAAAAAUAGUAAAUUAAAAGACCUUGUGAACCGAAACUUACUACUCCACUACAAUGUUUGAAUGGGGUGGCAAAUCAUUCCGUCGCCCCCACUCUGGAUCCGCCACUGUAUAUACCACAUUGAAUAACCACGGAGGGAUACCAUUUCAUUCGAUUCCGUCCCUUUUUUCCCUGCCCGAUUCCGUCCGGUUUUAGCAGGUAGAUAAACAUUCGAUUGCGUCCCAAAGUCGGGUAAAUGAAAAAUAUAGUAUGUUUUUUCGAAUAUAGGAAAGAAAAGCAACGGAAAAAAAGCAAGUAAAAAAUACCAAGUAAAAGAAAAAGCAUAUGGAAAAAAAGUAAAUGAAAAAAAAGCAAAUGGUAAAAAAGUAAUAUUAUUGGUUAGUACUACAUAUUAUAUAGUACCAUAUAAUAGAUACCUACCCUAUAUUUUAAUACCACUAACUAUAUUAUAUAUUCAACGAUAAUAUUUUAAACAUUUUCACAAAAAUAAUUAUCGGAGUAAGUUAUCGAAAUCUGCAGUCCAUUAUCAAAUAUAAUAAAAAUGACUUCUAUUGUAGUGUAGGCACAAAAAUGGUAUUAAAAUAUGGUGUAGGUAUCUGUUGUAUGGUACUAUAUAUAAUAUGAAAUACUAACCAAUAAUAUUACUUUUUAUAUUAUAAUAUAUAAAAUAAAUAUAUUGUUUUUUUCACCGCUUGCUUUUUUUUUCGUAACCCCGUCCUUUUCUUUUGUACCAAUCUAUACAUGUUUCAUAUUCGUGCAGUUCGGUAAUUCGUUAUUUGCGUUGAGUCGAGCUCACAAGUUUCAUACUAAAAACUCAUAAAUUAUAUUACAUGGUUUUAAGCGAUAUUUCGAUUUUUGACUAGGUAGUGUAACCGAAUGCUUAUUGCUUGCGCCGCGCGUCGGUAGGAUAUAAACAUACAAAUUGUAUAGGUACCUAUGUAGAUAUUGUUGUAUUUUUUGAGUUUUAAUAUUUUCACGUGAUUACUUGGUAUUUUUUUUCCCCUCGGGUGUCCCUUUUGGUUAUUCCGUGUUUUUACAGAGUGACCAACAUAAUAUAAGGUACUUAUUAUCUCAGAAAGUAUACACUUUAUUCGGAAUUAGCUUUUCAGAACAUUAAAGAAAUUAGUAGGUAGCUUUAAAAUGUUACUAAAAUGUAGCUUGUUAACCAGUUGAUGGAAAUUAUAAAUUCAACACCAAAAUUGAUUUAAACUAAUACAUUAAUACACCGUACAUUUAUGACAUUUUUAAUAUAAGUUGUCAUUUUAAAAUCAAAAGUAGGUAGUGGUUUUACAUCCUAAAAAAAGGGAGCCAAAAAAAUGAGUAAUACGAGAUUUUAGAGCUUUUGAUUUAUUAAAACGUUAUUUAAAACUAAUACCGAUAAAGUUAAUGCUUACCAAAAUAAUGAGUGUUUUUCGUCAUGUUGAUCACCCUGUAUACAGGUACUAAUCGGUCCGUAGAUAUUUAUGAAUUAUGUUUAUGUGUAACUAUUAUUACAAAACGCGUGGCAAGGGACCAACUGAAAUAAUUGAGGACUACCGGCCGUUAUGUGUACAACAAUAAAAAUAUAGUGUCAAUUCUGAUAUUAGAAGAUACCAUUUUUUUUUUUUCAUGAUGUAAUGAAUACUAUAUUAUAGCAACGCGAAUACGAGUAAAUGUAGAUAAAUAUUUUUAGAUAAUAUUAUUAGUUUAUGUAUUGUAUUAUUACAUUAUUAUGAAUCAGAUAUUUACACGAGCGGUUUGAAAACGUUUAAUAUAUAGGAUAAAUAAAUACAUAUUGUAACAACGAUAAUAUUAUUACGGUUGUUAAAGAAAUAUUUAAUGAUUUUCGAAUACUUAUUUUUUAUCUCUUUUGGAAAGAGAGCGACAUUAU